UCUUUACAUUCCACAGUUUAUGCCACUGAGUAUACGAUCGACACAACGCAAGCCCAGAUUCGAGAAAAUUCAGCGUUAUUCAAAAGCGGAAUAAUUGAGAACAGGACUUUUUAUGGUCCAAAUAAUGGUGUGUGGAAUUAUUCCGUAGCAACAUUUAAUCUCCAAGCUGGCGAAGCUCAAAGAGUCUUUUCAUCAGGAAAUGUUGUGAAAAUUUAUGGUGCGCAUGCGUUGUCUGUUAGCGUCAAUGGCAACUUCACUGUCGCCACCACGUUGGAUGUGAGCGGUAAAGAAGUCAAUUUUACUGCCGAAGGAAAGCGGUUAUUUUGGCUUGGAGGAUUUGUUCGUGUCAAUAAAUCGUGUUGUACAUUGGGUAAGUUACUUACCUGACGCGGGUAAGGGUUCUGCUGUAUGCAGUUCUCUGUAUUGUGGGACUCGUUACUUUAUAGCAGUCCUAGCACGCCCGACUGCUCAGGUGCCCCGUUGGGCGGGGAACGUUUCCAGGGGGCCAGGUUCAAUUCCUGGGCGAUUUUAGCGUACUGGUGUACCCUCCUUCAGGCGUUGCUCGACAGAGCCCUUGCACUCCGGCUCAGUUAAGUAUCGUGAUGUCGUUUGGCCAUUGCACUGACCAUUGCACUACCGGGUUCGUGGCUGGGGGCGCCUGAAAUACAAAAAAAAAUUGGGUAAGUUAGGCAAGAAAUAUACCGUGAUUAACUAUGAAUAGAUAGCGCUCUUACGGGGUUCAUACCUCCAGGGGCGCUAACUUCCAGGAUUUUUCACGUUCGGGAGUUGUUACGUCCAGGGGUUCUUACGAUCAGUGGCUCUUAUGUCGAGGAGUUCUUACGUUCAGCGGUUGUUUCCUAUGUUCAAGGGUUAUUACUUCCGGGGGCUCUUACAUUGAGGGGUUAUUACCCUAAGGGUUUCUUAUGUGCAAGGGUUGUUUGCAUCCAGGGGUACGUUGUUACGUUCAUUGGCUCUUAUCUUAAAGGAUUUUUCUUACGUUCAGGGGUUAUUACUUCCUGGGGUUCUUACUUUCAGGCGUUUUUAUGUUGAGGGGUUCUUAUAUCCAGGGUUCCUAACGUUUAUGGGUUAUUACGUUAAGGGUUUCUUACGUUCAGGGGUUCUUACGCCCAGUGGAUCUUACGUCCAGGGAUUCUUACGUUCAGCGGUUCUUAUUUUCAGGGGAUUUUUCGUCCAUUGAUUCUUACGUCCAGGUGGUCUUACAUCCAGGGUUUCUUACGUUCAAGGGAUCUUACAUCCAGGGCAUCUGAAGUCCAGGGGAUCUUAUGUUACAGGGGUUCUUAUGUCCUGGGGAUUUUACGUCCAUUGGUGCUGACGUUCAUGGGUUCUUACGUUCAGAGAUAGUUGUACUGGUCAGUGGCGUUAUUUUGUGCUGGGGUUCUUACGUCCGUGGGUUCUACGUUCGGGGGUUCUCACGUCCAUGGGUUCUAAUAUCCAGGAGUUCUUACGUCUUUUUCAUCUUACAUUUUUUUCGAAAGGAAGCAUUUUUCAUUACAGACCUUUAGCAUCAGGUUUUGAUGAGAAACCUGAAACUUCAGAUUUCCGUUAGCCGUUUGCAGUUUCAGGGCCCAGUUGUUCGAAGGCCGAUUAGCGCUUAACCCGCGCGUUAAAUUUAACCCGGGUUUCUUUUUCUUGUAUUCAAAAGCAUUUUCUCGGAUAAUUUUCUCUGUUAUUUUUAGAGCUUCCAAUCAUCAACUUGUAGACGAAAAGAAUUCAAACUGAAAUGCUUUUUAAGCUUUCAAAUCUGAAUUCAAAUCACGCACUAACCCUGGGUUAUCUUAACCCAGCUUUGAACAACUCGGCCCAGGUUGCUAGAGUUGUGUAGCUAGUUUAGCAAGGCGCUCGUUGUUUCGUGCCGCCAUGUUUUUUUCGUCAAGUCGACGCUCUCCUCUUUGAUCGCCUUGAAGAAUUCCUUGAUUCGAGUUCAAGAAUACUAAGUAGCACUCGCAUGCGGGUAUAGAAACCUAUUUCUUACCUUAAAACGUGAGACUGAACAUUUUUUAAUGGCCAAAAAACCUAGCCAUAAAUCCUUCUUUGCCGUUCAAACGUAAAAUGCAAACAACAAACGCGACCCCAAGACCUUGGUCACGUGACAUCCUCAUGUUAAUCGUUUGCCGUUGACCAUAAACUAAAACCACUACUGUGCCGUGAAAUAAAUAGUCUGUGAACAGGUUUUCUAUUUGGGUUUGGGGGGUGGGUGUGUGUGUGUGUGGGGGGGGGGGGGGGGAAGGCAAAGAGAACGUGAGAGGGAGCGAACAGGAGGGGUGGGGUGGGGACGGGAUAGGGGAAAGAUUAGACAUGGGGGUUUGCAGAGUGCCGUUGUGUUAUGUGAUUACACCUUAUUAUAGGUUAUAAUGAAGUGGAUACCUUAUUAUGACACCAUUAGUAUUUGUCCUUCAAUAGGUGCAGGACCCGGUGGUGCUUUUAGCUAUCAUGGCGGGGGGCACGGCGGAAGAGGUGGGGGAUUUUAUCAGGACAGGAACACCAGUAGAUUUUACGGAUGGUCCUACUACGAUACUUCGUACCUGCUAGGUGGAAGUACAGGUAAGAGCAUUAAGGUGACUUUAUUCAGGACAACAACAUCGAGGAAUCAGAAAUCAUUAUUGGCGGAUUCUAAGCGAUCUUCCCCAAAUGACGCACUCGAAAAUGCAACGUCGACUUCUUGACUUUAGCCUGGGGAAAAGAGCUCCAUGUAGAGCUAGCACGCAGGUGAACCUGACUUUUAAAUUUCAGUCCUUUUACUUCCUUUCCUUUCACCUUUAAACAGUUUUAUGAUGUUUUGUUACUCCCCCCUGGACGGAAAUUUAUGAAAAUUUAUUAAUAAAUAAAGAAAUAGAUAAAUGAAUAGUACUAAAUUUUAAUGACACUGCCCCUUGCACUUCUUUCUUUUUUUAUUCCUUUUCAGGAACUGUUUUAUUCAAAAGCAAGUCAGGCUCUGGAGGCGGAGCUAUUGAACUAAUCGCAGUCGAUGGAACAUUGACCGUUGGUGAGUAUCGAUAAUUUGUAUCCUUAAACAGCAGUGGGGUUGUCCAGAUAAAACGAGCACAACAAAUACCACCAAAAAAUGAAGAAGUAUAUGUGUGGAGUCUAGUUCUUAGCAAUUAGGCUCGAUCGUUUGUUUCUUUCAUGUUUCCACAGAUUUUUUUGAUCGGGCUCUCCGGCAUCAGAGGAACCAAAGCCUGACGCACUCUGUGACUAAAAAAGGAGCUUAAGCAGCUACGACGACGACCACAGCGACGACUUCAAAAAAACAAUCGGUUUAAUGAUCAAAACAACAGCCCUGCAAGUGCAUCACGCUUUUUAGUACAUUUCUUUGACGUCUACUGCACGACUACGACUUGAAACUUCCUAAUUUGCCGUUUUAUGGAAGACGUGGACAUACGACGUAGAAUUUUCCUUCCUCUUUUUGAACCUGAAUAAAACCCUUAAGAAUUCAACUCCAGGAAAAGUCGCCUGCAUUUGACAUAUUGAGAAGCUUUAAAUAGACGCGAUUAAGUUUGAAAGAACGCAAAUUCAUUUUUUUACCGACGUUUUCACUGCCAUCGUCGUUGCCCUUCGUUAAGGUCCCGAAAGCUUUAAGUGAGUCUCGUCUGCGAAACGUCCCUAGCGGAGAGAAGAAAGGAAAGACGGCUUUAUUCACAGGCUGAUUGUGCGUGCCUAGGCCUUUAGAAAAAGUGACUAAGAGUACCACCUUAUCAAAGUGAUUUUAUAAGCAUCGAAUAGUUGUCGUGUAGGAUGCUUCUAGAACGAGGAAUAUUCAUGGUGUACACGACUCGUACCACUCGAAAGCCCCCCUUUCGACAACUCUGCUCCUCAUUUCUAAGUGUCGCUGAUGAGAUGCUACCAGUCGAAAGGCCUCCCCUCGACAACUUUGCUCACAAAUUCUACAAGUGUCUCUAAUGGGAUGCUAUUUCACCAUGCAGUUGUACGACUCCUACGAGUCUUACCAUCUGACAGAAUCCCCUCUAAUGAGAUGCAGCCAAGUAAUGUACUUCACUUUAUUUCACUCAAACGUAUCACAUUCUCUAUUUGAACCAAUCGCACAACUUAACCACUCAUACCACUUGAGUCUUUAACAGUGAGUAUUGGACAAGGUGGUGAUUUGCACAUUUGCGGUUUUAGGAAACUACACAAUCACAAAGAUUUUCAAACACAGAGUGCGUCAGGCUUUGGUUCCUCUGACGAGAGCCCCAAAUCCUGUGAGGAAGGAAGAAACAACAUUAAUUCAAACGGGUUCAAAGGUAUCUUUAUGUGUCAGGGGACUAUGUGAUCCUUGCGUAAAAUUUUUAAUUCACUUUAAAUUAAAAUUUCGAUCAUUUCAAAACUCAAAAUUUCCCUCUUUAAAUAGUUUUCUUCCCCUCGCCCCCAUUUUUUUUUUUUCAUAAGACUUUGUUCUGAUCAAUUUUCUCUGUUAAUUGUAGAUGCAAAAAUUAUGGCAAACGGUUACUCAAGUGACAACACAAGUGACGAGCACUGUGCUGGAGGAAGUUCAGGGGGCUUGAUACGCCUGCAAGGAGAUCAGGUAAUACAUCCGACAUCCGGGUUUCCCUUAUUACGCCUAGUCGCUUUGGCUUCAUCAGCGGAUAACAUCCUCCUCGAUGUGCAUAAUUAUCUAUCUAUCCUCCUCGAGCUGCAUAAUUAUCUAUCUAAUUCUUCAGAUCAUACUCAACCAGGAGCCCAGGAGCCCAUGACUCGGAGCGAGCAACCUUUAUGCGCUCGUGUCACGGCGUUUUCACGGAUCGGUUUGUUUUCAAAACGGUUUUGGCGCGAAUUUUAAUUAUCUUUUAAAUCUUUUAAAUUUCACAAACCAGUCAGCAAAACCUACAGACCUAAAAAUGAUAUUUUUUGCUUUUUAAUAACGAUUAGUUUUCCUUUUUGAUAUCUUAUACUUCGAAUGCGCUCAUAGACGUGGUGGAGAUUCUACUUUCGCGGGAAAAACUGCCCUAAAAUGUGUCUAAAAGUAAACUGGUCUGUAAAAACGUCGUGACAUAGGCCUAGUAUGGGAGUUGCUUGCUGCGGGUUAUGGGCUCCUGACAAAACCUCAUCCAAUAAUUUCCCACUUUCAUUUAGAAAAUAUAAGAAACUGGGAUGAGGUAACUUUUAAAAAAGACUUCUGGGACUAUUAAUGGGAACAAGGGAAAAAUUAGCCAAUGGCUGACCAGCGUGUCCCUAGUAACGAUCACAGAAACAAUUGGGGACUUUUAAGAUUCAAUGACGGAACGGCAACGAGAACGUCUAAAAACCAAUAGGUUUAAUAAGCAAAAAAUAAAAUUUGAACGUGCAUCAAGCUUUGUUGUACAUUUGUUUGCCGUUUUUGCACGACUACGUCGUGGAAAUGCCUGAUCUCGUGUUUUAUGAAGAACGUAAACAAGCAACGACGAAAGUUUAUUUCGCUUUCUGAACUUGAAUAUGAUCCCUUGGAAUUCAAUUUCAGGAGGGUUCGUGUACAUUUGACAAAGUAAGUAGGAAUAAUCGCGAUAAAGACUGAAAGAACGGAAAUUCACUUUUUAAGCGACGUUCUCGUUGCUGUCGUGUCGUUGGAUCUUAUCGUCCCUAUUGGCUUUGCGGGACGCAACUCGGCUCCAGUUUUCUUCUCUUUUCCAAAGAGACGAAUUGCUAAAUACUCCUUGGCAACACGUGGAGGUACAGCCCCGGUCAACAUUUCUUUAGACGCUUGUGGCAAUAAGAUGCGAAAACGCCCUUCGCUAAGUUAACUAGUAAUUAAUUUAGUUCUUAUAGGAGCUUGGAAAUGUUGUAACAGCCAAUUUCGGUUCUCCCCUUUUCCCCCAAGCUGCAUGAUGUCAAUACUGCAAUGGGAAAAAAAGAGAAAUUCGUUAUUUUGACUAGCUAUUGCUCUAGUGUCGUAAGGUUUUAACCAGAUUUGUUGCCUUUACGGCGUGGAAUUGGCAGACAAUUAAUCGUCGAUGUGUUUCUUCCUGAAUUUCAGGUUAUUAUUGGGAGUGGAGGAAGCUUAUGGGCAAAAGGAGGACACAGUGGGUACAGAACAGGCCACUCUCAUUACUGUGGGGGAGGAGGAGGGGGUGGAGUCAUUCAGGUCUUUUCUUUGACUGACAACAAAAACUACACCGCCAACAGUGCAGUUCACACGCGCGGAGGACGUGGAAUACUGAAUGGCGAGGAAGGAUUGGAACGAGUAGCUGGUAAGUACAUAAAUUACACUACUGAAGGUCACUAUACGUAAAGGCAGAAAAGAAGUCGGAAUUUUUGACGAACGGAUAUGUAGCCUUUGCCGUUUUUUUGUUAUUCAAGAUGGCGGUUUUAACACGGCGGUAACGCGGCGAACAAAAACACUUGCGCACCCCACGAAAAUGCCUCUGAUGCAGGCUAACGGAAGUGCGUUCACGCGGCGACAUGAACCGUAAUUGGUUAUGGCUCCUUUACAAGUAAAAUAUUUGUGAUCGGGAUGGAACACGGAUACCAGAUCUUCCUAUCCAGGGUGCUCCGCGCUGACAAUCGGCGCUCCCGGCUAUCAAACGGAGUAUAGAAGUUGCGCGGAAGACUGGAACGGGGUUUGGAGGACGCUAUCGAUCGCUUUUUUUUGGCUGUCGCCAGCAAACUGGGUCAAAAUUGGUCCUCCGAAAUUGUCCCACAGUGUAACAGCCUACUUUUGAUUUAUUAAAAUUCAACAUGACAGGGAGCCCUGGAGGACGUAAACAAAGAAAAUGAAUAAAAAAUUGAAUAAACCAUUAACUUUGUUAAGUCAUCUUUUUUUCCUCUCUGUUUCAAGCGAACGCCUUCAAAGUAGUGUAGGAUAUCAAUUGAUAGCCAUAUUCCGAAUUCGCUGGUAAUGACUACGUACGCUUUAUUAGACAUCCUUCUUCGACCAAACAUAAGUGCAAAGAUUCUAUUUUCUAAUGGCUUUGAAACCGUGGCAGUCAUCAGAGAAACAUAGCAACGAAAGCUAUUGAAAACGAACCUACCCUGUCCAAAGCCAGCCUACGGACAUGAGAUGGCAGCGGGUUUCUUGUUUUUUUUGUCUGUUUGUUUCAGUGUUUUUUGUUUUUUGCUUUUCCUUUUUCUAGUUUUUUUGCUUAGAUCUUUAAAAGAAGUUCGGACCUCAAAUUGUUAACUUACUUAAAAACUUUAAUUUACCAGAGUUUUGUUUUGAAUUUCCGGAAGAAUUAUUGAUCAUUUCAGUAGCUACCUUAUUCGUACUUAAUUUUGCGAUUUCGAUGGGGGAAAAUGAUAAAAGAUCAUUAAAUUUCUCGAAAGCGUUGUCAACGUCAUUUUAUUUUCAAAAAAAAAAAAAGUCUGAACUACAAACUUUCUAAACAAACUGGAACAAGUUAAGAUUAGGUACAUAUUGUCCUAGAGUCCGCAAUGUUCCUAAACAUCCAGGUCUUCAAAGGGAUCUUCCGGUGGAAGUUUCUUUGAGCCACUAACAACAUCAGUUACGCCAGCCUUCUUCCAUCCUUUUGCAAUUGACUGUCUGCCUUCAGAGCUAGACAAAUGUUUGUACAUGCUAACGAUCCAAGUUACAUGAAUUGGUUUGAGAACGGAGAGUCGCAGGUCAACAUCAACCGGGACAACCCCUGAAUCUAGUUGACUUUGAACUUGCGCCGAGUACCAAGACGUGAAUUGGUCUUCCAUAAACUUUUUUGCUUCUCUACUAACAGUCAAAUCAUCUUCAGAUGAAGAUGAGUAGUUAGAUUUUCUGCUCGAUAUAUUCAUGUGAAAUCUUUGCAAAUUACCUUUAUUGAUCACACUUGACAAGAUGCAAAAUGGAGCUUGCCACGGAAUAAUUUAUUAUUUAUGUCGAUACAUAAGCUGUACAUGUCGUUGUUGAUCAUGUUUAUCAAGUUUUUUGUGAUUCAAAUUUCUUACCAUGGUAUUUAAUUUCGCGUGUGUAAAUUCCGCGAGGAUUUUUGUUCGCGAGGCUUUAAUUUCGCGAUUUUUUUACAAUGGCGAAAAUCGCGAAAGUAAAGACGUGCGAAAUUAAGUACGAAUAAAGUAUGUCAAACGCUCUAAAGCGUAUUCCAUCUUGUAUCCAGACACCUCAAUCGCCGAAAUUAAAGUUGAAAAGAAUCGGCUGCUUUUCUUUUUUUAACUCACCUCCUGGAUAGUUUUUUGAGGAUAUCGAAUGGAAAACCUCUUCUCCUGUCUAAUAUGCUACGUGGUGAAGUAUUAUUACAAGAGCCUCCUAAACAGGGGCAUUAGAGAGCCUAAUAACCAAAGACGUUUUUGAGAAACGCACGUCAACCGGAAAUGGAAUUUUUAGCGUUCUUGGGCAGUGGUUUUGUCCAUAAUUUCAGGCAAGUGUCUCUAUAAGACUUAGGCACAUAGCAAUACAAAUUUUGAAGCCUAAUGGCACAUAAAUUAAGAGUUAGGUAACAGGGCUUGUUUCCGGUUGACGUGAGUCGCUCAUGAUCAAAAACUCGUUUUCUUAAGCUUCCUAUGAACCAACAAAGGCGGCGUUUACUCUUCUCUUAGUAAACUUAAAUUCUACACAUGAAGUGUUGGAACAGACUGUAAGGAUGUUAGCCUUACCAUUACUAACUGUGGCCAUGAUGCAAGGGAAGAGAAGAUAGACUAACACCUUGAUUAAUUUUAUUUCUCUUUUUUGUUCACCGAAGGAAAAAUACCCUACCCACUUGUAUGAACAAACCACCAACUUUGUUUAGUCUUCUUUCAUUCCCCUCUGUUUCAAGCGAACGCCUUCAAAGUAGUGUAGGAUAUCAGUUGAUUGCCAUAUUCCGAAUUCAUUGGUAAUGACUUCAUUGGCCAGUAAUCCGAAAAAUCUUUCACAGACAUCAGCGAGGUAUUUGAGUAUUAAACAUUUCGAGUGUUGAAUUAUAGAAUGAUUCUUCGACUUAUAGUAUAAGAUUGUUUUAAUAUUUAGAGGGAGGACAGUCCUAUGACAUUUGAAUAAAAUUAGAAAUGAAGAAGAAAGAAUUAAGUUCACAAAUGAUCAUUUGAUAACUCAGUUGAUAACAGACGUUCCUCAAUAAUUUUUAUGGAAAAAUUUUAAAAUCAAUUAAUCUACUUGCGUAGAGGUCCACUGAAAUCAUGAGACUACGCUUUAAAAUUGAAUAACAAACUGGCUAGUGUAAGACGAGUAAAAGUGGUCCGUUCAAAAUUUCGAAAGGUUAUAUUUUAAUCAUGGUCUGGUUAGGGUUAAGGGUUUAGGGUUUUGUAUUGGAAUCAUUGCCGUAAUGUUAUAAGUAAACAUGUAGAAGUGUUCUGUUGAAAAGUGAAACAUUUUAGGGUAAAAUUCUCAUGAAUAUGAUAUGACCCUCUUGAGUACAAGUCCCUAUUGGUAUUGUACCUUAUGAAUAAAACAAUGUCGGGCGAUCCUAAAAUAUCUUAUAUCGUCGAGCCUUAACCUCAAGCUAAUACGUUUUUAAAGAAAGCGAGUAGUUUGCGUGAAUAGCAUGAAAUAAGGCUCUUAUAUUGCUAUUUACAUCUGUAGCAGUUUGGUCAGUAAUUGAGAAAUUAGACCAAAAAAAAAUAAAAAACAGAACAAAUUUCGUUGGGGAUACGUCGGUUUCUUUUUUCGUAAUUUACAACGACCGCCUGGAAACGAAUCAAAGUAGAUACGCGUUUUCGUUUGAGACCCAAACUGUCUUGAAGUUGCCAGUUGCAAAAAGCAAAAUUUUCCUUUGAAAAAAUUCAAGUAAGUACUACGCGUUCCGCGUUGUUUUUUUUCGUCGAAGUUUUAAGAGGCAAAUCCUAUUAACUGGUCAAGAAUCAAGGUACUUCAACUGAGUUCAAUUACUCAGGGACCUGACAGCCAAUACUUUGAGAAUUUCAGCGUAGUCGGUAAACAACCGACAUAUAACACGGAAACGAGGCCACCAACUACUCGCCUCGAGGUGGCGUGAGAUGCCAGUUGUGAGCGAAAACUUUUAUCCAUCACUGGCCUGUUUUUGCCGAAUGAUGAACAAAUAUGAAAAAUGAAAACUGGCCGUUCGUCCUUGCAAAUGGAAACAUAUGUUGACAUGACCAUACCGCAGGGUCCAUUGGCAAAUUAGAACGGGUUAUUUGAUGACCCCAGGAAUGUGACAAAAGAUACACCAGAAAUACCAUUUGCACCCCUUUUAUGUAGGGCAUUGUCGUCAACCCAUUAGUCGUUAAUCGAUCUUCCUUCAGUAAAUAGUGUACUUCGUUUGUUCGGCGGAGAGGAAGUCCGUCAAGAAAUUUUGCCGAAUUGUGGCAAAAAUCAUGGACCACAGUCGUAUAUUCCUUGCUCUUCUUGUCUUUAGCGUUGCAGAAGUGGAUGGUUGCUCCUCAAAUUCUAACCCAAUGUAUAGUAAGUAUAGUAUCAAUAGAUAGCCUGUUAUUAUAGUUAAAGGCAUUGCGCGACAAUCUCUAUCGUCUGCGGCUAAUUUACACGGAACCUUUGAGACAUCGAGGAGUCAUGCAGCUAACGAAGUCGCUCUCACGAAAUCAAACAGAAUUUACUAUCAAAAGCAUAAAAGACUAGAUUUUUCCAAAAGGUAUCACGACAUAAUUCUUAUAUAUAGUCGUCGUUUGGUAGCCUUUCGCGGCAUGAUAUUCAAGUAAAAUGUCUGGCUUUAUGGCGAGGACAAAAACAUAGCUGGAAGUAACUAAGAAGUAGGCCGUUUGUAAUUUAGCAUCACCUGGGUGGUUUUGUAAUACCCGCACACUUUUGUGUACCGAGAGUGCAAUCGUUAAACGUAUAGUAAUUAUUCCGUGAACCUGGCAGACUUAUUUCUUGGCCAUUUUCACCAAGUUAGCACAAGUCAACAAAGGUCGAUGCUUUUUUCUUUGCUGUCCGUCCCGCAUCGGCUUUAAAUUACUCAUUUAAAGACCUUUGGACUCUGUCGCAGCCUUUAUUUACUUUUCAGUCAGGAUAUGUUACGAUCUAUUCCAGAAUGCAAAGUUUUUUAUAUAAUAUUUGAGGAAAUAAAAUCGCAGGUCUCCGAAACUUUUUCUGCGGUCUCGAAAUCUCAAGACUCGUCACAAACAGUUCCGAGAUUUCGAGACUGGAUAAAAAGUUUCGGAGACCUGCAAUUUUAUUUCUUCUGAGUGUUUAAAAAAUCUUCUUUUUGUGAGUUUGCUCGAUUACUUGAUUAUUUUUGUACAUUUAACACUCAAUGCCUCUGUGAGUCUCGUAUUUGACCGUUCACCAUUCCUGAAAUAUAUCAAAAACGUUGUUAUUCUGCGUAAGUGAGAAGUCAGAUUAAUGGAGAAAAGGUGGCCGAUAGGGACUAUCCCCGAAUUGCGACAGGUAUCGACGCUUCCUUUUAAGUCACAGCUAGGGGCCCCUGUUACAAGCCCGGUUCAUCGACUUUCAAAUUGUUUACAGUUCCCUCAAGGCGUUGCUGUUGUGUUAUCAAAAAGAGUUACAAAUUAAAAACAGUAAAUUCAUUUCAAAAGAAGUGUCUUUUUGAUCACAGCGUUAGUUGUGGGGAUUAAAGAUCAGAUAAGACGAUUCUAUUUUUGCUCAUGGUAUAGGCAGCUAGCUUCAGUGUACGCAGCGGUCUUUAUACCAUAUGUCUUAUUCAAAUAUCGGUCUUUUUGGUGCGUAUUUUUUGCGAAAACCUAAUUCCUUUUUUGGAGCCAAAAACUGUGUUUGCAUAUUUUGCUAAAAUCCAAAACCAGAUUAUGAAUCUAAGAGUUCACCUUGGUUUUAGUCGCUAAAUUGUUAACGUCAGUACUGUAGUUUUCGACUAACGUUAUUGAGCAAUAACCUUGGCUUGGGAGAAUUUCCGGCCGACAUAGGUAGAUAAACCGGAAACAAAGUCACGUUUGUCGAAAAUAGAAAUAAAGAACAAUCGCUAAAGCCGUGUCUUUUUUUAAAAAGCGCUGCUUAAACUACAAAUUUGUGUCCUAAAUGGGAUACUUCUUACGGAAGCCAUAUCUCAAUUUUUCCUUAUCUAAGUCAGGGGCACCCAGUGACUGUUUUCUGUGAAUUAUCUGUUCGGAGAAGCAAAUAUUGCCUAGAAUUUUCUUUUGCUUAAGGACGACUAGAAAUUUCUAGAUGACCGUCCCAUUCAGGUACAAUUUUCAAAGCUUAUCUAAUAACUUCCCUACGAUUUUCUGAAGUUUAAUUUCUCACAUUUUACUCCCCAAAUGUGGGCUUAUUUUCGCAGAAAAAGGGAGCCAAACAUUUUUAGAUUGCAUCUAAAAUUUUCGGGAAAAUAACACUGAAGUCCUUUUAAUUUCGAAAAGACUCCAGUUCCUCCUGGAUGACAGAACCGACAAAAAUUUUAUGGCGCCGUUUAGAAUACAUUUCUAAAGAUCUAAAAGUACUCUGGAUAGCCUGAAAAGAGUUUUCAUUGUAUUUAGGAGGAAACGGUCGUUGGGUGCCCCUUCUAAAUUUCCCUACUGUUUCAGUAUUCUAAUUUAUUAAUCAUAUGCCAAACAAGUAGAUUUUUUCCAGUUGACCACAUAUUGUAAGGCCAGUAGUUUAUAAAAGUAAGUUUAAUUCUUUACGCGGAUUAAGACAAUUAGAGGACCUUUAAGUUUGUUGGUAAAUUGGUUCAAUUCUAGGUAGCAAUGUUUUCUAGCCCUCGCUGUAUACACAAGUUCUUGACAAUGUUCAAAGACACAAUGUUUAGGAUCAGAUUGCGAGCGGUCUCUUAUUUGUCUUUUGAGUUAUAGCAGAUCGAGAACACGGGUGUGUAGAGAACGACGAAGCCGCGAGCAACGAGGGUGGAAGCCCAAACGAAGUAGGGGUUGGUAGAACUCAGAAUGGCUGACUAUUAUGCUAUUCACGAUCAGUUUAACACGCGCAAAACUCUGUUUUAAUCAUGAGCCGGUUCAUACAGGUUUUGGUAUUAUGAGAUAGUAAUCACCAACCCUCUUUUGAACAAGACGAACUACUCAAAAAUAUUGUUGUGUAAUGACUUAGUGUGGACAGGUAUGGAAAACAAUUGGUAAACUAUCUUCAUCUUCUUGACUUGAUACCAGAAAUUGCUUUAUAAUUACAAUUACAGCCUACAUCAGUAAUUGUUUUCUUCGAUUUUUUAGAGUGUCAGUCCACGGUAUUUGGUUCUUCAAUCUACCGUUUAAAACCUCUCUCCUCAUCUUGGCCAUUUCUUUUAUUGAAAAUAAGAGUAGUUACGACAGUUGACGCUCUUAUUAGAGACAAUACACAGCUUUCGCCGCUAGCAGAAUGACGACUAUGAUAUCGAAACUCGGGUAUUAACUAAUUCUUCUAAGUGGGUAACAAAAACUAAUAUCAUAUUCAAAUGAAAACCAGCGAUGAAGUGCUUUUAUCCGCAAUUCCGAGUCGCCGGUUUCCAGGUUAUCUGUUAAGGAUAAGAUUAUUGUGGUAUUUCUAAAAUUCAAUUGAAUAGCAAAUUACUUUUACGGCUAAUCUAAGAGAGUCAGGAUUGCGAAUUUCAUUUUUUAGGGUAUGGCUCAUUUCAACUUUUCAAUUGUUUUAGUUGCCUCAACGUUAGCCUCCACCAGUGUGAAUUCGAGAAACGGACCUGACUUACCCGUAUAAUUUUUCAGCUAAACGCAAGAAUUUCUGUAUUUCACAGUUUAAAAAUAGCCCGUUUUAAGGAUUAUUGAAUCAUUUACAGUUUGAAAGGAUAUUAUUGUCGAUUGUGUGCAAACCAAUAUAACCCGAACCAGGAUGAUAUGUUAGUUUUCGUCUUGUGUCGAUAAGGCUCUGGUGAGAUGGAUCACAAGCAAACUAAGUGUUUAUGCCCCAAAUAUUGCCCACUCUUUAGGCCUCAUAUUUCCGCGAGGCCUAUGCUUUUCGGGUCACGUGGUCCGAGCGAGCUGUUCGUCUCGGAUACGUCACCGAAAAUUCAUUGACCGAGAAGGCCUGGGAAGACGCCGUACAUGGACUUGGCAACCCUAAAUACAGAGUUGAUUAGUUUUGUUGUUGCUAUCAUUUAUGUUGUCAUAGUCAGGUUGAAGUCGCAGUUAGUACGUUAACACAAACGUGAUGUAAGAAAGUUAAGCAGAGGUUAUUAAUUUUUUUUUGGUAUUAGUUGUGCUCUCACGGCUAAAAUGACUCGUUUUCAUAUCACAUGCGUGAACCUCCGGGACAAAACAAACGCAAAAAGAAAAAAUACAGGUGUGAAGAACUCAAUGGAAAUUUUAACGCAUUUUUUUCCGAGUGAAUCGGGAUCAUACAAACGCAAGAACAAGAAGACACAUGUGUGCCAUUUGUGUGAACGGCAAAUGCAAGCACAAAUGCAAGGUGGAGCAUAUUCGUCCGCCAUUUAAAAUUGCCUGAUAGUGGAAAUCCACCCUUAGGCUCACUUUUGCUCGAUGCUCUGUUUAUGAGGAGUCUGUGAUGGGACUUUUCAUGCUUAACAAUAUACCGUACUGACAGAAAUUCCAAGAAUGUCGUAUAAGCCUACGAAUUACACAUGCUACAUCCUUUUCACAUCAAUCCAAAAUGAGUUAAUCAUUUUGACCAAUUAAGAGCCUACUGAUCCGACCGAGAUCCUGCUUAUCUUAAACUAGGAGUGCUAAACAUUAAGAAAUUCCAUUAAAAUUUGUGGGAGAAGGACAGCAAGAUAGAGUAACCUCUUGUAACAGCUCAUAUUUCAAACGGAAUGGCGCCAACCAUUUUUCAGUUUUCUCGUUUUUAAAUGUUGAUUACUCUAGUAUUAUAUUACUAGUAUGGAGUAUCAAUCUUAAAACAUGUCACUUUUUGUCAAAACAUAGAAAAGGUCUCGCUAAUUAUCCCGGGUAUUUGUCAACGUUUUUUUAUGACAUGGUCAAUAGAAGAGAUAAUGGCCUUUCCCAAAUUUCUAUUCCAUGCACCCCAACAGAAUAGCUCAAACGACACGAUGACAGGAUCGUUUCAAAUCUCGAAUACCGUAAAUCGUCUAUUAACCCCUCCCCCCGGGGGACUAUUUAUUUCAAUCACGUUUGAGGGAGGUGGGGGCUUAUUUGGGGGCUUAUUUAAUUUAUCGAACAUGGUGGUAUCAGGUCUCCAUAAGAACUAGAAUGCAAAGUGGAAAAGCUCAAGUACAAGACGUUAGAAGUCAUGCAGCCGGGCAUCAAAAACAAAUCCGAACUUCCAACACGUGAAUUAGUACAAAUGAAGUUUUACGGUCGUGAUUGAUUAAUACAGUCUAUUAUUUAUUAGUGAAGAAUAAUGAGGAGGAGGGGAGGGGGGCCAAAAAGGGAGGGGGGAUUAUUAACUUUAUUCCCCUGAAAAGGGGGGCUUAUUUGAGAGAGGGGGCUUUAUAGAGAAUUUACGGAACAAAUUUCAAAUUCCAGUGAUCUAUUGUAAUGAAGCCUUCUCCGUAAUAAAAAAAACUGUUUUAGUCACCAUGAGUAUCUUUUAGAUUUGGAACUCUUUAAACUAGUGCUGAGUCUAAUUUAGUUCAAGACAUAAUUGUGCUUUCCGGACCGAUUAUUCAGCUAUCUACGAAAACCUUAUCAAGUAAAUGUCACAACACCCAAACGAUUAAUCACAUUGGUUUCUCUUUCCAGCGUUAUUGGCUGGUCGAUAAAAUGUUUUACGUGAUUGUAAAGUUUAUUGACAGUUUUUAGCUUUUCACCAACACAAGCAUUCCAUAAAUCCUCGAUUUAGCACCCCUCUCAACUAAGACCCCUCUCUUCAAUAAGCCCCCCCUUUUCAGGGAGAGAAAGUUAAUUAGCCCCCCUCGCCUCCCCAUUAUUAUUCUUCACUUAUUAAUCAAUGACGACUGUAAAACUUUGCGAGGACUGAUCCGGGAUGGUUAUUCACCAACUGGAAGUUCGGAUUUGUUUUUGAUCCUAGUCUGCAUGACCUCCAACUUCAUAUUACUAAGGUUUUCCACUUUAUAUUCUAGUCCUUUGUGACGAACCGAUACCAUCGUGUUCGCUAAAUUGAAUAAGCGGUCCCCCUCUCAAAUAGCCCCUCGUCUCUAGUCGAAAUCCGAACAAAACAACACCUUUGCAAAGACGGUGUUUACUGGAAAGAGCACCCCGACGCUUAUUUGUCUGUUAAGAGUUUUAAUCGCAAAUUGUUUUAUCAACGCUUUUGACUGACUCGUCGCCAGUCGUCCCUUAAAACUUUUUCCCCGGCGCGGAUCGGUCGCGAGAAACUGGCACGGCAUCUCGACAACGGAAAGGAAAGGAAAAGAUAGUCCGCUUUCCCUAUUUCCUCCUUACCAUUCCCCCGAGCCUGUCUACUCCGCGUUUCCCUUGACGACUGAGGACGAGUCAUCCCUUGAACAUAUAUACAUGUAUAUUGGAGACAAAUAUUAUUCUUUAUCUGAACCACUAGUGGUAAGAGCGCUCUCAAAUGAAACAAUAACCUUUUGUUUUAUUUUCAUAUUUAGUGUACUUUGACAAGGAAACAGACUUGAUGAUCAACACUACAAGCUGUCAAAUGCGAUGGUACGGUAAACAUGAAUGCAAAGGCCAAAUCGAGGACAGAUCCUUCACUAUACCUGGGCAGUCCAAGGAUGCAAUCAUUCCCUACAAAGUGUGUAAAAUUGAAUUUUCGUCAACAAUAUUUAUCGGUAGUAAGGUGAGGGUGAAUAUCACUGGAUCGCACGCGCUUUCUCUUGUCAGCUCCCAUGGAAACAUUGAGGUCCACUCGCCUAUAGACAUCAGCGGAUCACCCUCUCGUUCUUUUGGAAUGCAUAUUAAUCAGAAUACAAGUGUUGGUGGUUUCUUCAAGAUAAAAGAAGAUGGAAUGGAUGUAGGUAAGGCUAGUCUCAAGCUAUUUAUUCCUCUUAUCAGCUGUGUUCGAGGUUCAGAGCCGCAAAUAACAACUCGUUAUCGGAAUGAGUUAAGGUAAAAGGUAAAGAGUCCUUUUUUUUCGUCGGUAGCUCAAAAUAGUUAAACCUGAGGCCGACGAUGCGCUCAUUCGUUCCUCCCCUCUCUCUCUCUCAACAUUAAUACUCAACAUUAUAAUUUUGCAGAUGAAUAAAAUCUACCUCCAGAACAUGUCCAACAAACGCAAUACUCAGUGUACUUGCGAUUUGCACAAUUUUCUUUAAAUACACGUAAUGCGUGCGCUCUUGAUCGGAGGCCGACCACAUUUUUUUUUUACCAGAAUAUUGGCUUAGCUGGAAAUAUUCGUAGCUCGGUGGAUCCGUAAUGUGAAUUACAGAAUAAAGAUCCGUAAUUUACAGUACGGACCGAGGUCCGAAAAAAGUUCACUGCAAGUUGUUUAUAUUAUAUGGGUUUUACUCGCUAGUUUCUAUUGUUCUGGCACAAGGAAGAGGUGACAAAGUCUUUGAGUGAUAAAACGUAUCUUAGUCGCCCGCCAUCCUCUGCUCUUGAUUUACCCUUAGAUUGGUCAACUCUGCAUUCCACAGUCAAUCAGAACAAUCUCCCCACGUAAGGGAAUCCAAGACAAUCUUGGGUUCUGGAUUCCACGCCGUGGAUUCCGGAUUCUAGGUACUGGAUUCCAGUAUUUGAACUGUGAUUCUGGAUUCAAAUCGUUAGUAAGAUUCCGGAUUUCUUGAGAUGUAAAUACGUAUUCCAAAGGCCAGGAUUCUGGAUUUCACCAGCAAAAUUUUUCCGUUUUCCAGAUUCCACCACCAUGAUUUACCCUUAGACUGUUCAACUCUGCAUUCCACAGUCAGCCAGGACAAAAUGGUCUGUUGGCUAUUCCCAAAGGGUUACCACCUAUUACACAGGUCUCACUCCAUUGUUCUAGCUCUCCAUUCUGAUCAAAUAUCGCUGGUUACUGACAAUUUCCGUGUCGUCGUAGUCUCAUGCCGAGUAGUUAAAUAAUUGGGCCUUUUAAUUUAUCUCCUAUCAGGCCCUGCGAGCAUCACGAAUUGCAGCUCCGCUGGUCUAUACGGAGAGGAUUUCAAAGCGCUGUUUGGCGGAAGUGUUUGUAUUUCUGGUAAAUAAAAUUGUUCUGUAUUAAGAAAAUAAUCCGUUAUGUCUUUCAACCCAUUUUAAAAAAUGACCAUAGCCUGCUGGUUAAUAUUGAGUUAAUAUUGCGGUCAAUUAUUAUUCAGCAUGAUGCUUUUUCUCAUGUUAAAAUCGUUGCUCUCAUUCGCCACUUGCACAUCUCCCAUAAUGCACCUUAUUUGCCCCCCAAAUUUUGCAAGACCUUUGUUUUUCACUUCCCCUGGGUAUUACAGCCGUCCCAAGAGAAAUUGAAAACAAUGCUUAUGCGAAAGUUUGGGGGGCUAAUAAGGUGCAUUAUGGGAGAUGUGCAAGUGGCGAAUGAAGAAGAUGAAAACAAUGACGUCAGCAAAGAUUCUCUUACCGACUAAUAGGGAGCUUAAGCAAUCACGACGGCAACGGCAAUGAAAACGUGACUUGAAAAGCGAGUUGGCACUUUUUAAACUUUAUUACUCUUGUUCCAUUUCAUAAAAUUUGUUUAAUGUUGGAAAAUUCUUCUGGAUUUGAUUCUAAAGGACUGUAUCUAAGUUCAGGAAGAUAAAAAUGAAAUAAAUGUCUUGUGUUCCCGUCCUCCAUAAAACGUGAAACUAGGACGUUUCACCUCUUAGUCUUGCAACGACGGCAAAGAAAUGUACAAAAAAGCGUGAUGCACGUGCAAAAAAUGUUGUUUUGCUAAUCUUCACCAAUAGAACGUUUUCAUUUACGUGGCCAGCAUCCAUGCAAAUUUUUUGGAACUAAAGAAAGCGUUAACAUAAGAAAAGAUUUCAACUUCCACAGGAUUGGUAUGUAGCACCAACAUGGCCGCCGUGACGUCAUGUCAACACUCUCUAUUUCUUUUUUGCCGUCCUUCGUCGUUACUUAAGCUCGCUAAUAGCUGCUAGUUGCUUUAUAACGUAUAAAGUGCAUGCAUGGUGAAGAGAAUUUUGCCGUUUGUUUUCAAAACUGCACUUAACAAAAAGCCCUUGUUUUUCAUAAACAGUCGGUAUAAAUGUGACGGCCGUUGGAGGAGGAGCACUUGAGCUGAAAGCGAACCAAGGGACAAUUGUCAUAGGUACAUUUGAUAUAUUGAUCAACUUUACCCCGGAUGCCAGAGGGGUUUUUUUUGUCUUAUCUUGAGGAGCGAUAAAACGGGCAACAAAAAACGUGCAACUUGUUUUGUGACUUUUCUGCAAAACGAAUUGACUAGCGAGGUUGCGCGUUUUACGAACCACGGAAAAAAAACCUCGCAACCGUAUUUGUAUUUUUCUGAACGUGUGUGGUAAAACGCGCAACAUUGCUAUUUAACUCGUUUUGCUGCAAUGUUGCAAAAAAACGAGCUUUGUUUGUUGCCCGUUCAGGGUAAAAGAUUUUUAAAGAGGGCUUUUUAAGGUAACAACGAAAAAAAAAGGAAUAACAAGAAAAUCUUAUUCUUUCACAUUGCAGUUGAAUUUAAAUUUCUCUUCCACCCAAGAAGAGGACAAAUUACAAAUUUCAAAGAAAACUACAAUCUAAAACAAAAUAAUUGCCUGUGGUGUCUCCUUUUCUUUAGGAAUUCAGAUAAACGUAAAUUGCACCGUCGGACAUUUGACCCGAGCAUUAAACGACAAAUCUAUUCCAUGUGCCCUGAAAACGUAUUUGGAUAUCAACGCUCGUGCUAUAAGUUGAUUAAUAAAUGGAAGCGGGACCACCUUAAAAACUUUCAAUCCGUUGAUUUUUGCUACAAGCGCUGUCCAUAGCCCAUUAAAGGGUUAGAUCUUGGAGUUGUCAAAUGCAAAAACAGUACUUAGGGACGUCUUGGGGUACAACAUACAAAGGCCACUCAAGCACCCUUGUAAAGAUUAACAUUGAUGACAUUUUUAUGCCGUAGAUGCCGCCAUUAAAGCAGACGGGUUUUCAAAUAGUGAAAAUACCGGUUCGAUGGGCGGUACUAUCCGAUUGCAUGCCCGCCAGGUAAGUUGACAACCAGUGGACAAUCUUUUGACCGCAGUCAAACAAGAAAAAUUAACAAAAAUGGAGAAAAAUGUACUUAAAAACCUGCAAACCAAAAGAAGCCAAUUUUUAAGAACCUGAUAGUCUGAGAUAUUCAGUUUAAGCCGACUUAGCAUUAAAAGCUGUCCAGCCGUAAGUUAAAACAAUAGGCCACUUUCGAGUUCCAAAAACCCUCACUUUCAAAAUGAGGCCAAGUGCACAACCUUCCUUGUGAAAAUGAGUGUUAUUUACAUGAGAAUGAAAAAUCAUUUCCACAUGAAAGGUCGAGCAUUUAACCUCGUUUUGAUACAGAGGCCCGAGGGAACUCGGAAGCGGAAAUGGCCUAUUCAUCAAAGACAUAAAACUCAUAAAUAAAAAUGCAAAUAGAGAAAGCUCUAAUGGGUAUUGAAAUUGAGCCAAAUUGCCCGGGGGGUACUCCCUUUCAAGAGGCAAAUAGAGAUGUGCCACUGGAUGGGAUCGCAUUUUCACGAUUGGAUUGACUAUAAUGGGGUCGCAUUUUCAUUUUGGGGGUAGGUAGGGAUUCAAAAUGGGAACAUUCUCUGGUAAAAAAUCAGAAAGUUGUUGUUUAUUAAAUUUAACAAUAAGCUAGCAUUGACCGCAUUACAUUCCGCCGCUUGAAACCACAUUGAUAAGGUAGAUGCAUAAAUAGAAAGUGACUAAGUUGGGUUCACGAAAAUUACAUUUUCCAAAAAGUGACUAAGAUGGGGUCUCUAAAUGCCCAAAAAAUAGACUAUAAUGGGGUAGGGGCUCUGAAAGGCCAGCGGCACAUUCCCAGCAAAAAUUAACCCAAGUACCCUCCCCCCGGGCCAAAUUGCUUGCAAUUCAAUCCAGUACAUUUCAUAUAUACACACAAAUUAUACUGACAUCUAAGUCUAGCGGAUUUUUUGAAAACCAGCUUUACGAAAUUUUGCAGUCGGCACUUUGAGUAAACAGGCAUCAAAAGGCAGGCUUUUUGGGCCCGAUAAGCUCCAAAAUCAGAGUAAUGAAGGAAAUGGAAAGGAGAAAAAGAAAGAGCGCGGAGGGGGAAAGGAGGAGAAGCGAAAAAAAAAAGGUUGCACUCUUAGUUUUUAUAGUAGCUUCUUUGGAGAAAAAAAAACUGUUGGCUGCAAAAGGUCCGUAAAGUUUUCAAAAAUCCGUCUAGAAGUAUAGAUCACUAUGUAUACACAACUGUAAUAGCCCAAACACAAUAUGCCUGUUUUCAGUAAGACAGCGUUAAAAGUACUACUGUGUAAUAAUAUCAACUAUUAAAGGCGUAUUUUACCAGCACUAAGAAAAAGAACGUGAUAUGUUUCCUUCACACUGUAGCCUUAAAACGCGUUUUGAGAACCUCUUACAAGUUCUCAUUUUUGGUUGCUUCCUGUAUUUCAAAGUAGGACUGAGAAAUGUCCUAAUAUUUACAGCACCCAACACAAGUGAGUAUCAAAACGUAACGAAUUGUCAGUUUAACCUGACCUCUCAAACUGCUAGGGUGCACCAUACAGUCAAUAAUUUGACACUAUUCUUAGUUAAGGACAAAAAUUAGAAAUUAUUUUAUUCCUCUUCAUUGUAUUUUAUUCUUCUCGCUUGUCAGGUGUUUCUGCGAAGAAACGCUGUUUUUACUGCUCGUGCCUCGUCCAAGGGGCGUCACUUGGCCGGCGGUGGUAUUGUCCAGAUUGUGAGUGACAAUGAUGUGCAAGGAAUCUGCGAGUCGAUUUUCAACGUAACUGGCAGCUCAUUGGGUCUUGUAAAUAUUCUUGGUGAGUGGAGUCGAAGUGAUUAGAAUUAAUCACAUUGAUUAGAGUUAAGUAUAGCAGGCCCAGCUUUAAACGACUUUCUGCUUCCUUCCAGUACGAGAUAACAACUUAAUGUAAAGUUUUCUGUAAAAUACAAAAACAAAAGCAGGGGUGUUUUUUCAUCACUAGACAAAGACGAGGUUUUCAUGCACCAGACUUUGUACACAGGAACUUCGAGUUUUACCGAAGGGCUAAAAAAUCUCUCAUCCAGAUCUGUUGAUUCAUCCUAUAAUUUUCGGCGUUUUUGGUUUUUGUUUUUAAUUUUCCCAAGAAUUGGAGGUAAAAUAACUCAGUCUUGUCUCCCCAUGAAAGGGUAUCCAGAAUUAGGGAAAGUUUUGCUUGUGGAAUCGGAAAUUCGGGAAUUUUUUGCUUGUGGAAUCCGGAAUUCUGGGCUCUCGGAUUCGGAAUACAGCACAAAGAAUCCGGAAUCCCACGAUCAAUUGGAAUCCAGAAUCCAAGUUCCACUGACAAAGAAUUCAGCUUUACUUACCUGGUAUCUGGAAUCAGCAAUCCAUGGCGUGGAAUGUAGAAUCCAAGACCGUCUUCGUUUUCAUAGCAGGAGGCGAGUCGUGUUUUAUCUGAUUUGAAACACUCAUUAAAUUUUAUGGACUUUUGCUUUUUCUUUGACCCGUGUAAAAAAGCACUCUGGUAAUUCGCCAAUUUGUUUUGUUUGUUGAAAAGUAUUCGUAAGUACUAGAACUGAGUACUUGUGACCACUCUCGCAAGCGACCGGCUCUUUCUGAAACCGUGUUUGAACUGUGACUUCAACUUUGUAAUCAAGAGCUCUCGUAAGCGACCGCCCCCGUAAGCGACGGGGACCACUUUUGGGAUUAUCACACUGGACUUCUCCUUUGUUUUUAAGCUCUCCUAAGCGAUCUCUCAACUCAUUCUUGCACUGAUAUUUAGAUUUGAGGUUGUUUUGGUCUAAAACGUUGCACGUGAAGUUUAGGCGUUAAAGGUUGGACGUGAAGGUUAGCCGUGUCUAUAUCAGAUACAAAGAUAGUCAUUAAACAUUUCUUUCUUUUUGUUUUCUUUAUGAAUUAUUAAUGAUCUUCUGAAGCUCUCGUAAGCGACCACCCUCUAUAUUGUUUUACAAUGCGGUCGCUUACGAGAGCUCAUUCUCGUAAGCGACCAGCUCUAGUAACGACCAAUUUUUAAAAUUUCCUUGGUGGUCGCUUACAAGAGUUUCGACUGUAGUAUCUUUCUGUUCCUUCUUUUUUCAGUCUCAACGGCCGACACGAUUCAAGUACAGUACAUACAACAGGGAACUCUAAAAAUCGACACUAACAAUGCAAGAUGGACGCACAGAACAUCAUCAAAUGGUUUUAUGGCUUUUUCUUACUACGGUGAAGUAGUGCCGCAUUCUUUACACGCUGAAGCUCAUUACAACGUUUCAGAAUUUAAGUUUAAGACUCCUAUUCUGAUAAACGGCUCUGCUGUCGUUGAAGUUUUAGGAGAAAACUCGCUACUUAUUUUCAGCUCGGAAGGAAUAUUUAUCGGCGUGGAUAUCCAAGUAGGAAAAGCUAAAUCAGGACUUAAGAAAUCUGUGGGAGGAUAUUGUGUCAGUGAUCAGAGAGCUUACGGUAAGGAGCUGAACGUAACAGCAUCGUAGUCGGUAUUCAGAUGCAAAGCUGCAAUAAUAAUUUGUCUCUGUUGAAUGGAAAUAGAGACGUUUAGAUUUGGGGACUAGGACGACUACCAAGACGAGAUUUAACUUACAAUUUUUUCGCGUAUUCUCCAAAAAUAGAAACCCCAAAAAGCUCCCGUGUACUUUUUUUUCUCUAUAACGGCUAACACGGUUAUUAUUAUUAUUGAAGGAGAUUAAACCUUCUCUAACAAGCAUAAUUUUAAAACUUCUAACAUUUGAUAACAUUUUUUUCGCCACCAUCGCAUUCUCACUAGAACUCGUAGUAGCAUCGGACGACGGCUAUCGCGUUUUCCGGCCAAAAUAGGGACUUAAAGAUCCAACGACGUCGACGCGGACGACAACGAGAACGUCAAAAAAACAAUAGGUUUAAUUAGCAAAAAACAACUUUGCACGUGCAUCACACUUUUUUGUACAUUUCUUUCACGUUUUUGCACGGCUACGACGUGAAAAUACCUAAUUUCGCGUUUUAUGGAGGACGUAAACUAGCAACGACGAAAUUUUAUUUCUCUUUCUGAGCUUGAAUAUGGUUCCUUGAAAUUCAGCUUCAGAAGGGUUCGCCUACAAUUGACAAAGUACGUGGGUAGGAAUAAUCACUAUAAAGACUGAAAGAACGCAAAUUCACUUUUUAAGCGACGUUCUUGUCGCCGUCGCGUCGUUGGAUCUUAAAGUCUCUAAUGACGCUGGUUAACGCGCGCGCACUACUUAGUAUUUAGAAAAUCUCAUACUUGUCCUCGUCUCGCUAAGUCAACACUUUGGUUGGAUAAAAAAGUAAAACUGUGGUCGAACUCAAUCAAGGAUGCUUAGGCGUGUUUUACAGAAAUUGUGCCUACCGUUAAUGAUCUAAUAGUAACAUGAGGAAAUAUGCAGCCAAAACGCUUUUAAAGAAGAAAUCAUCUAUGUUGCAUUAGCAACGAUCGAAAUCUUACGCUUAACCUUAUGGAAGCAAUGUCUUAUAAGUAUAUUUUUCUGUGCCAAAUUUGAGCUUUGAACCUGCAACGAUUCUUAGAUGACACCGCAGAGAAUGAUAACGACUCAUAAUCUUUCAAAUUGUGUUCAGCCACCUUAACAAAAUGAAUUGAGGAAGUCAUUCUAACCUCCUGUUUUUCUAAUUAUUUGUUUCAGUUGGUGAAGGCCCAGGCCGAGGAAGGCCAAAUGCUAAUGGGGGCGCGGGGCAUGCUGGACAGGGUGGUCUAUUGUUCGAGGACGACGACGACGUCAUUUUCGGGGAUACCUACGGAGUUGAGCCCGAGAUACAUCUUAUUGGUGGGAGCACUGGUAAAUAAAAAAAAACUUUCAAAGCGCGCAUAAGUUAGUUCAUUUAUGUUCAGUUAUCGAAUGCAGAAGCCAAUGUCGACUGUCAACCAUGUCGCUUCAAAAACUAGCCAGAGUCAAAAUAAGACAAAAAUUCCAAAUUCCAUUUCGAAGAAUGCAGAUAAACAAAAAGAACCAUGUAACAGUACUUCUAAAGAGGUUUCAUUUGGAUGGUCACUUCACAGGAUUUCGACCACAGACUCAAAAGUUAGAUCCGCCGUACAAAACUCCACGAUUCACCUGAGUGAAUAGUUUUCUUGAAACAAUGACACUGUUAAGUCAACCCAUCCAGGAUUAAAAGUGUAUCGUCAAAACAGGCACAUGACAGGGUCGAGAAAAAUCGGUCUACUCUUUUUGAGUCAAGUGACAGGAAUAGGCCCUUUGUAGCUAGUCAUUCACGUGGUACAAAACCGCCAUACUGGAGAGCAAAGAACGCAGCGGGACAAGAUAAACAAAAGAAAUUACCAUUUUAAAUAAUGUGUCCCAGUGCUUUCUUUCUCUUCAGAAUGGAUAAUGACUAACUGUAAAGGGCCUCUUCACUUUUCUUCACAAAACAACAUUUGGCGUCGUAAAAUUGCUGAAUCCCGGAUCUCAAUCAAAUGGCGAAUCGCGAAAAAACAAUCUUCGAAGGGGUUUCCUUGGCUAUAAUUUUUGAGCAGUCAAAAGUCAUUCUCAGUUUCAUGCCAGUUUUGUUUUUGCAUGCCAAGCUGGGCGAGUGCGUUUAAUUCUUUUCGAUUUUCAUUACCCCCCCCCCCCCCCCCUUCCUUCAAAUGAUUGACGGAACUGAAAAACCCAAAAUCCCUUCGAAGUUUGCAAAACGCGCAGCGCGAUACAACGAAUUUGGCAGUAAUUGCUUAUAGGGGUACUCCAACUCUGUUUUUGAAAGUGGAAAUUAUGUAAUGACGCUAAAUAACUGUUUCUUAUGUUAAUUUUGUUGAUCACAGGAACAUCAAACUGUACCGCAAACAAUUGUAAGUGGCAGUGACAGACAGACGGCAAUAAAUCAAAGCAACACACAGACACUAUUUCGUCUUAUUUUUUUGGCCAGUUCAUGCUUUAAUACCCGAAAACAAACAUUUGCUUUCAUUGAUUUGACAAGUCCAUAUGAAAGGCUUAUAACAACACUCGGACUUGAUUUUAAAUUUUUGAUUUUUUGACCUAUCAGUUUCAAUCAGAAGGCGUAUGACGUGAUGUGACUUCAAAAUACUUUUUGACGUGACGUCUUUCGUUUACGUGACCUCAGUUUGUGUGCGUGACGCAUUUUCCAGUUUACUACAAGUUUCGUCUUGCAGGUACAACAAACGCGACUAAAAAUGACCUGGUUGUAGCAUGUGGUGGAGGAGCCGUUAAAAUUAAGACCGAUAAAAACUUAACAAUCAGUAAGUAACGGUUUUCACAUGUAGCCAAAAGUUCUAUAAUGUUAUAUUUAACUCUUUAAUGUCACGCAAUUUGUGCGUCGAGAUAGCAUUGCAUAAUAGCGAAAGUUGAUUUGUAUCGGGGGCGAUUUGAGGGCAAAGUUAGAAACGUGAUUCAUUGUUUUUUUUUUUUUCAAUAACGAUUGCUUACCAUAUAACUCCUUCCUUACCAAAUACAAUAUAUCUCAGACUCUAUCUCUACGGUCGUGGGAACUGAAACCCCAAGCUCGCAACAAAACAAGUCUUCUUUGAAUUCCUUUUAUGCUGAUAGAUAUGGAAAGUUUAUCAGCACACUGAGUGAAAAAGGGAAGAAAUGACUCCAAACCAGUACAAGACCAACAAUUACAGACAAAGGACUCAAACCCGAAAUAUACAGCCGCGCGCGAGAAAAAAAAAAACCUUGUGUACGGCCAGGGUGGCAAAAAAGUAACUCCCGUUUCAACAAUCCUGUUGCUUUUCUGCUGUAGAUGCUGCCAUAAAUGCAAAUGGAAGUACAUAUUCGGUUUUGGGUAUACCUACAAGCGGAGGAAGUAGCGGUGGAACGAUUAUUCUGGAGUCUAAGAAGGUAAUAAUCAUCACGUAAGAAUAAAAAAUCUGAACAAAUAAGCUACGGAUGAAAAGAUUAACAAACAAACUGCGUUGCAUACAAACAAAGCGAUACACAGAUGCCAGAAAUAAACAUGUACGUUAUCACUCGUGUGGCAAACAGCUAUGCAAAUUUAUUGGAACCUAAGGCCCAGUUCAGACGUCGUGCUUCUGCCGUGCCGAACUUAUUUGUAAUUUGGUUCGACUGUAGCACGGCAGGAAAACAACUUUGAUUCAGACGUCGUGCCAGAGUCGAACCAAAUUCAGGAUUUACUGAUGCCUCGUAACAAUUCUCCUCCUAACUCCCCCUGGGAACGCAAUCUCGCCAAAAUACAUUAAUAUAAUUUAUGAAUUUUGUUUAGCGCGACAGAAGCACGACGUUUGAAUUGCUGCCGUGCCAGAGCCGUGUAGCACGGCAGCGCUUGCCGAACUUAAUUCAAAAGUUUGAUUCAGACGCCGUGCUUUUGUCGAACUUAAUCCUGAAUUUAGUUCGGCACGGCAGAAGCACGACGUCUGAACUGGGCCUAAGAAAGAGUGCACAAAAGAAAGGAGUUUAAAAAUCCCACAGGACUCAGUGUUUUGGGACACCAACAUGGCCCCCGUUUUAUUGUUUUGGGACACCAAUAUGGCUGACGUGACGUCAUGUAUGAGCUCUUCAUAACGUAUUUCAUCGGUUGUCCCGUCUAUAUCCCCAUUUCCUCGUGUCCCAAGAAAUGUCUGCUCUUUUCCACCGACUUACAGUCAAACCGACAAACCCGUGAAGACUUGAAAUAUUUAAGGAAUGUUUAUUGAGUUACGACCAAUCACAGCAAAGAUCAGGCCACGCGAGCUAGGCACAAAACUAAUCUCGUACCCAGAUUUCACUCUGUGUUACGCUUUUUGGCCGUGGGGAAUCUGGGUACUAGAUUGGGCACAAAACCACAAGCUAAUUAACGUUCUUGCUUGCGGUUUAGUUUUCUCGCUCUUUUGUAACACAUUAUUACGUAUUUUUUCAACAUCAAUCUCAUUCACAAAUUUUGCUUUAAAAUAAAGAAGGGUCAAUUGAAACAUACCGCACGCCUCAUCCAAUUUUUUCGGGAUUAAUCACCCGACAAAACGUUUUUUCAUCCUUCUUUGUUUUAUUUAAGUUCGUGAUCCUCGGCGACAAGGCCACAUUGGAAGCCAAAGGAGCUGACGCCGCGAAAGAAGGAGGCGGUGGAGGGGGUGGUCUGAUUAGUAUCUCUUAUGGUGAAGGAUUUGUGGGGAAGGAGCCUGUUGCGAAUGAAAACACCAAAGGAGGGGAGGGUAAUGUGACAGGAGACAACGGCAUUGUGGUUAUCAACGGUAUGCUAUUUUCGGAUCAAUUGAGGUUUCUGGAUAACUGAGCACCUACCCCUCCCCUAAGUCACAAUUUUGCUCUAUGUGAGAAGUAAGCGUUAAUGUUGACUUGGGGAAGGGGUAGGUGGUCUCAGUUACCCAGAAACCUCCCUAUUUUCUAGGAAGACAAUCAUUCACUUCUCAAAAUAAUAUACACUUAAUGUCAGAUCCUGAGGGAAACAGUUAGUUUUGUUUUCCCAAGAGUCCUGAUGUUUCCCAAGACGAAGUCGAGGGAAACAUCAGGACUCGAGGGAAAACAAAACUAACUGGUUUCCCGAGGGACCUGACACUAAGUGUUUUGUUAUAUUUCUAGACUUUCACUUCAACGUACUUUAACAGAAACAAAGGAAUACGCUUAAGAGGAGCGAAUCAAAACAGUACGACUCGGUACUUAUAAGAACACAAAUUUAAUUCUCAAACCACUGAAUGAAUGAUUUAAAAAGCACUUUCCUUAUAUUAUCUGCAUCUUCCUCCACUAGCUGCUGUUUCUCUUCUGGGAUAACUUUGAAAAUCGUUGCUUUUUAGCUUGAGGCUUCAUGUUUGUGUUGUUGUAAAUGUUGUUGUGUUCAUUCACGAAAAAGAAAACUGGCAGUGUUUUUCCCGCCUUCUGUCACGCCACUUUCCACCAUGCUCUGAUCACAUGCUGUAAUGUAUCCCGAGCGGGGUACAUUGCUUGAUGUAUGACGAUCGGGAUACAUUUGAUUCUAGUCAAGGCGACGUGACCAAGAAUCAGCCAAUGGUUGUCCCUGUUUAGUUGAGAGAAAGUCUAGGAAUAUAACAAUUAACGAUGUCUUGCGAUAUUACAUAAAGGCCCAUUUCGAGUAUUCAGGCAGUUCUAGAAUUUUUCUCUUGACUUGCCAAUAAGCUAUGGUAUUUUUUAUUUCAAACUUUUUGUAUGUUUACAGCAGGGUUUUCAAUAAAAAUUGAAGUAGCCGCCAGUGUGUUUGAAUAGAGUAACCGAUUGUAUCAACAAUGGGCCAGUAGUCCACGUUUUGGGGUGUCUGGGGGUAUGUUCCCUCAGAAAUGUUAAAAAUUACAAAGCCCUAAUAAGCGAUUUUCAGCGUUCAGAGGACUAAACUGAGUAUAAAAGAGCGCGUUUUCCAUCCAAGAGGAUUUGGGUUUAAGUCAAAUUUUGAUUUAUUAGCCACACAAUUAACUCCUACAAGCAAGGAACAAAUGAUAGUUAAUUUGUUACGUACAUUUUUGCGUGAACAAAUUCUAUUUUUGUUCAUGACAUUAUUCCAACUAGUUGCUUCUUCCUUGGGGGAAAAAGUAGCCGACUUCUCGGAGCAAUAAAUCCGACGCGAUUCGUCAGUCGUCGGUGCUUUUUGAAUCCCCUGUUACAGUGUUCAUUGUAGGGGGCGUUAUUCCGUAAAUCGUGCACGUUUUUUGCCUUCUGACAUAAAAAUGUUAUUCCUGAAAAUUACAUCAGCCCAGUUACUCGCUUACUUCGUUCUUUCGCUUAAAAAGGUUCUUGAUUUAUUGUUAAAAACCGGCAAUAAAUUUGUUUACAGCCGUGUAGAGUUUAUAGAUCUGAAUCUAAAGCUUAUGCGCGUUUCAAACGUUGAACUUCACCUGUGCCUAAUGUAAUGCAAAUGAGCGAGAAUUAACAAUUGGUUUAUGAGUCAGCGUGCGUAUGUCGAGAUAUAAAGCACGCGGGAAGUCUUGAGAGCACAAAAGAGGUGUACAGAAGGGUUGUUCGAGGCGCAGCCGAGACUUUUGAGUGCUCUCCAAACUUCCCAAGUACUUCGCAUCCCGACAAACUCACAGCUGAAGCAUGAACCAAUUGUUUUGUAACAUUUUCAGUGCGAUCAAUGCCGCAGUUGACUUAAAAUUCCAUUGCAGUCAAAGCAGUUCACGUCAUUGUCUACGUGACUAUUUGUUCUUUUUAACUCAUAUGCCAGUUUGCAAUUGUUCAUAUCUUCAAGCUGAGAGAGAAAGAUUGAUAACAGAAGUCGUUUAAGAUAACAUUCAAAAGGGUUUUAGAAUCCGUAUUGAGAUGGAAAACGUUUAAUUCGCCGAAAAAAUUCUUUUAAACGAAAAAUUUUUGCCAGGAAUGAUUUACACACGCCAUAGCGGGCGCAGAUGACAGCCAUAACCGACAGCACUCACCUCUUUUCUCUGCUAUCUGUGGACAAAUUCAAAAAUGUUUCUCUUUAGAUUACAUUGUAAAACACAUGACAAACGCUUCAUCGUGUACUAGUUAGUCAUGGAUGCACUUGGGAGGAUUGCUAAGCUCACAAGAAAUCGAGGUUUUUAAAAGUUUGUUGACGUCAUCAGCGUGCUCAAUGGGACUAUGAAGCACCCUCGCGCUAUUGAAUUUGAUUAAGCGAAUAUUCUAGCUAUAUCAUAAUAGUAGAUUUUCAAAUUAGUAUACUGCACAUUUAAAGUUCGACGUUUGGAAUGGCUCAAGAAGUAAAGGCUUGUCUUUGUUUACACCUCGUUCCCAGUUUCCUCUUCUCCUCGUCCCUACGAAGCAAGAGACAGAGAACCCUGGGAACGAGGUUGUAAUACAUCUGAUAUUUUUUUUGAGUUUUGCAAUAACGACACCUUUAAUUCAGCAAAUGUCCGAAUUGUUUUUAUCAGCACUGAGACAUGUCCCACUUUGAAUAAUUACCCAUAGAAUAAACAUUGCUUUUAUAAACAUCUUAAGCAAUGUAUUUAUAAAUAAAUAACUUCUUUUUUAAAAGUCGCAAAAUUUGGACCUCCAUGUCUAUUUUAUAAUUAACUCUACAUCCUUUUCACUCAACAGGAAGUAAACAUUACGGACUUCCAACACCAGGUAAAAUUGAAACCUACUUUGUCUCGCAUGCCUUCCAUAUUUUAUACCAAAAGACCCUUGGCCAGUGUGAAGUGACACCGGUGCCCCAAAAUGAGAUGGAAUUCUAGCGUAGAUCUAACAUAAAAUUCACCAAAAUUUGAAUCUUCAAGUGUGUCCACCUCUCGAAAGUGAUCGCCUACUCAAAACGUCAAUUUGAACCUCUUUCAAAGCAUUUCAGUUGGAUCCUUUCGUAAACGAUCGCCUUCCGUAAGCGAUCAGUGUGCGGGUCCCUUACGAGAGGUUUGAUGGUGGACUGUAUAAAGCAAUUUUGCCUUCACUAUCGAGAAAGACACCCACACAAGCGUAGAUACAGGGGCCUGUAGGUCAGCGAGGACGUCGAACCCAAGUGUAUUGUAAAAUUACCGGCAAGAUUACAAAACCGCAUUUAAACCUCUAAGUGUGAGAUGUACACCGCCGGAUACGAAAACCCCAAACCACUUUGUGGAACAAAGAGAACGUAUAUCCCCGCCUACUGAAAUCAGCUGCGGUGCCGGCAACUCUGGGGCAGAGGUAUGCAAGAACUAACGACUGUCAAAUGCCUACAGGCAAAAAUAACAAAAUUGGCAAAUAAAAUAAAAGUUAGGAGCUCUAAUGAAUGCUGACCUACACUGAUUCAAAUUUGUACCGUACAACUAAACAUAUCUCAAAACUAUCCACAAUUCCUCUUAGUCGACUUAGUCGUCUGGUCCGUGGCGGCAAAAUAGCUAUUUCUGUCUUAUGUCCCGUUAUACUACACUGUCAGAAAUCCCAUUAUUCGUUGGUUGCUUCGAUAUCACAUGACCAGCCUCGUUAACAGUGAAGCCCUAGGCUUGUUUCACAUGACAUCUAACAACAAAACUGUUAUGCAAAAUUUUGGGGGUAAACAUGCAGGGUGCAUUAUGGUUCAUGGGACUGGAAAACUAGGGCUGCGGUCAGAUCUGGGCUACUAACUAUAGUUAAGACAGGGUUAACUAUAGUUAGCUAUUUCGGUAAUGUGACCGCUUCUCUGUUCGCUCUAACUAUAUAGUUAGAAAAUUUACGCCCCCGUGAUCCAAAACAAUACAGACGAACUAUAGUUAUACCCAAGCAGGGUUUGUGGGUUAGUCUUAAGUUUACAAACAAAUAACCAAUCAGAAUGUCACACUUCUUUUCUCACGUGCGAGAUGACAAUAUAUAUAAAUAUGCAAAAAAAAACCAAGCGUGAAGCGAGAGGGAAACCAAAAACAACAAACAAAAUAGGACUCCACAUUUCACUCUGAGAAUGAAGGCUAAAAAGGAAUGGUUCAUCUUUAGAAGCAGAGCACGUGAUUAUCGAUUCUUUGCAGCUGAUCAGUCACGUGGUACAAAAAAGUCAUGCUUGAGAGCAAGGGACGCAGCGGGAGAAGACAAACAAAGGAAAUUACCAUUUUAAAUGAUGUAACCUUUCUUUUUACUAUGUCUCAGUGCGUUUCUUGCUUUCCAGCAUUGCCUUAUUUCGAGCCUGCAUCGCAGACGUAAUCAAACCCUGUCUGCGUAGCAGGGCCGACAUUCUUGUUCUGGAACCCUACGAACGCAACGAAUUACUGGAAGUGGGUUUCGAAUUUCCUUUCGAUAAUGGCUUCUUUAACAGGCCAAUCAUGACACGUACUCCAAUAGGUCUUAUCACGGUUUUCGACGCCAUCUUGACCAGUAGGCAACCGCGUGAGAAAUUACAGUGUUUGUAUGAGAAUCCAAUGUCGAAUAGUUUCCGUAAAACGGCUGUCCUGAAAAAAAUAUGAACUGUAAACUAAAGCUACACAGCAAAGAAUUUUACUAUCAAAUUUUGGGGGCCGUUACUGUGCUUAAAUUUCUCCAGACGCUUGCUUCAGAUUUUCCACAUAUUUGUCUGCAAUUUUCUCCCGGGAAACGUUUACAGGCAAAUGUAUAGAAAAUUUUAAAAAGUGGUUCUAACGCACAUAGCUACAUUUAACGACCUCAGUUUUUUUCAGAAGAAUCGUUAGGAGUGAAAAUUUAGUUUACAAUUCAUUUUUUUUUUUCAGAACAGCCGUUUUACCGAAAUUUUUGGACAUUGUAAUUUCUCACGCGGUUGCUUACUCGUCAAAACCGUGAUGUAAGGCCUAUCCUGGUACACAGUUGGGGGUCACAAACAAGGAUUUCACCACUGUUUCACAGACAGACUUAACCGGAGUUAAGUUUUUAUAUUACAUCACGUGACUGGUCAGCUGUUCAUAUAUGAUUUGGUUUAGUCGAUGAUAGUUAAAUGUUCUUUUUCUAGUUACACCAGAUCAAGGGAACUAUAUACCUUGUGUGAAUAUGACCGAAGUGUACUUUAGUGACCCCCAUAACACACUGAGAGCCCAUGAAGCCGACCUUGCACACUGUAAUGAAUAUUGUGAAGGGGAACACCACCUUUGGGCAUUUAUAUCCCUGAAGGAGUGUUACUGCUCGAAUGAUAAUUACACCGCGUACAAAGUGGAUGACAAUCUAUGUACAGCCAGGUGCAGGUCAAAUACGUCUUUUAUCUGUGGUGGUAGCGGUGGUUUAGCAAGCGGACAAAGGACAGGUGAGGUUUUAGCCGUCUUUCCUCUCUCCUCGCUGCUAGGGACGUUUCGCAUUAGAUACGUCUGCGCUUCAACGACAGAAGGCACUUUACGAUCCGACGAUUUGAUGGCAACGAGAACGUUUAAAAGGCAAAACGACAACUUUGCACGUGUUUCACACUUUUUUUGUACAUUUCCUUGCCUUUUUUGCACGACCACGACGUGAAAUAGCCUAAUUUUCCAUUUUAUGGAGGAAGUCAAGCGACGACGAAAUUUUCUUUUUCUUUUUGAAGUUGCAUAGAGAUCCUAGGAAUUCAACUCUUAGGGGAUUCGCCUACCUUUGAUGAAGUAAAUGGGUAGGAAUAGUCGCGAUGAGGACUGGAAGAACGUAAUUUCACUUUUUAAGCGACGUUUCCGCUGCCAUCGCGUCGUCGAAUCAUAAAGGCCAUAGAAAUUCCAUUCUGACGACGUAAAUCAGUGCUAACAUAAUUUAUUUGGUAGUCAUGGAAUUCUAAAGGUAAAUUUGUUCGAAAAUUAAAUUAAAUUUGUUUUUAUUUCUCCUCGUCUAUUGAUUUCGUCAGCCAAAGAGAUGCAGCAAUCUCAUGAAAUAAUAGUAAUCUCAUGAAUGAUGACCGUUUUGUAGUAGAUUCAGUUGAGUUUACAUUUGACCGUUGUGAACUUUUGCCUUAUGUCUGUCAUUCGUAAAGAAAAGCUAAACAAUAUAAUUACUGCGUCGACCAAUCAGAGCUCCAGACUACGCUCCGGACAGACUUUUCGUCAUCAGUAUGGAAUUUCUUUCGUUGAGGCGCAGACAAUUCCGGUUUUCGCCUUGCCAAAAUACAACUUUUUUACCCAAUAUUUGCGUAAGCACGACCAUGAUACCACUAUGGUAUCCAGGUGAAAUUGUACAGAAUGGCUCUGCAAAAUUUUGGUGGCAAACAAUAUGGGUUGAGGGAAAUACCCAAGUGGUGAAUAGGCCAAUUUAGGGUUUUAAAAACCCUUAUUCAUGUGAAAAUGAGUUUAAUUAGCAUUAAAAUAAAAAAUAUAUAUAUACAUGUUAGAUUUUGGUUUCAGGCGUUUUUCCCGACGCUUGUUGCAGUAUUUUGUUUGGGAGUAUUGUGAUUAAAAUUCCGAGUUGCUCCAAGCCUAGCCUCUGUCUUAAAACGAGGGGAAAGGCGGAGCCUUUGAUAUGCUAUUGUCAAACAAAUGAAGCUCAUGUUCACUAGAAAGGCUUGCCAAUAAUCUCAUUUUUAAGAGAGGUUUUUUGGAUCUAAGACAUGGUCUGUUAGUUAGAACCGUUCAAUAAAUAGCAUGCAGUAUCACGGGAAACUAAUGCUGGAAUAGAUUAUAUUUUCGUCAACCCCGGGUUCAUUUUGAACUUCUAAAACGUCGUAAUCUUGUGUGACUACCCCCGAUUAUUCAAACAAUUUCCAUUUCCUCAGGGGAUUCAAAAUUUCGGGGCUCUACAGUACCUUCAUUAGAACCUCCUUUACAGAGGAAAUGUUUCUGCGGUUAAGUAGCUUUUUCCUGUGAAUUCAUUGCCAUCCACACACACACACUCAAAUCAGGGGCACCCAACGAGAAUAUAAUUCAAAACCACUUAAACAUAGCAUUGUUGAACGUAUUUUAGUAUUUAAACGGUAGAUAUAGGCAUAUUUUUAUCCCCUAAAAAUUUUUCAUCUGUUCGGAUUUCCUGGCUGAAAGUCUAAAGAUCGGAAAAUUAUAGGGAUCAAAACUUACCUUUUCGAAAAUUUCAGCCAGAAAAAAAGCUCCCGAAAAUUCUAGGUGACCUUUUCUGGGUAAAAAUCUGUUAAAAAUGGGCAAUUAUUCCAUUUUUGAAAUGUUCGAAAAUCGUAGGAGAGGCAGGCAAGCAAGAAAUUUAACAACAAAUGUUCCGAAAAUUCUAGAUCUCAAAUCGUCUUCCGAACAGAAAUUUUCCAGUCAAAUCGGUUAAAACCAUAGCCUAAUGUUCCUCAGCAUUUUAGAAUACUUAUGUAUGUUCUCUUUGUCGUUCACUGUUAGCAGACCAGCCCCUUUUCCCUGGUAUUAUUCGUGGGGGAGAAGAAAAAAAAAGAGCCCUCUCUCCCGCCCAUUACCAGGAAAAAGAGGCUAGUCUGCCAGCAGGGAAUCCCAAUAACUCGCCCAAGGGGUAUACUUCUGCAGUGAACUGAUUUAUCUUCCUUCGUAAAUAAAUGAAAAUCCGUUGCCAGAAUACGCUCGUUCAUAGGGCAAAAUUAGACGAGGCCGGAAAAUCGUAGACAUCGAAAUUCAAUUGUAUCCAGUCCAUGAUCAAAAUUUAAAGCUUGCGGUUAAUCGCACUUUCACUGCGACGUUUUGCGGUUAAAACAAAUCCUUCUCAAGCGCUUUAUUAACUACAGUAAUUUUUUACGUUACAGUCAGCUUAGUGUAUUUACCUAGGCAAACCCUAGCUUGUUACUACGGUAAAUAUAACGAGUCGGUUCCUUUUGAACUUUAACGUAAGACAAAAAAGGCCCCACCUGGCACCAUAAAAUAACCACAUUUAGGAGCUUGUUUGCCUAUCACCCAAAGAAAUGAGAUUGCUUUUUCAUUUUGUUACGGUGUGGGGCGCGGGAUAAAGUAAUGUUUUUAAGGUACCCAAUCGUUUCUUCGUAUUACCGAGGUAUUACAGUUUCCAUUGGAUGUUGCUUAAAAAAAGUGCGUUAAAUCAUAUUGGCAUGAUUGAAAAUGCGAAUAAAAUGCUCAGAAUUGCCUACUAUUUACUUCAGUCUAUUUACCCCAUUUUGCGCAUAAAAGCCCCCGCAGAAUAUGGCCAACACUUUCCUGUCCUAAAGUCACUGCAAAGUACAAUCGCACUUUAGAGUUUCUGGCAAAAACAUGAGACUUUAUAAUGUAUAUUUUUUCGGCGAAUUUUAUUUUAACAGGGACAGUUGAACAGUGCAAUUUGGUACGUAAAAAAAUGCACUACCGGAAGAUAAGGUUCCAUGCAAAAUACAAACAACAAAGCAACUUCGUGGAAAUUAAAAGAACAAAAUUAAAACAGAGAGUAAUAAAACUAACUCCCUGCAGGAUCUGAUAAGUAAAAGAUUUUAUCAUUAGUUGUACUAUAAAGUCAAGUCAAAACGGAGCUGGUAUUUACAUUAGCGAUAAAUAACUGACAGAUAGAUAGAAGUUCUUAACAACUGCCAUUAGACUUAAGAUCGAAGGUAGUCGUGAUAUUUAAUCUUUUAUGUUCAUUAUUUAAUUCACCUCUGCCUUCAAAAAACCCACGAAAGUCAGGUUUAACGAAAAAAAAAGUCAAUCGCCGAAGCCUCUCGUAAAAUGUUUUGUCAGAGAAAAUGUGUCAACCGUGGAUUAAUAGAAUAAAAUAGUCUGAUUUACUGAUAAAGAUAUUGUAAAAAAAAGCUGUACGCUAGUCUGAUUCAGUCUCCAAGUUAUCUAGCAACAAGGUGAGAAUACUCCAUGAAAAUAUUCUAAUGACAAACAAUUUUAUCUGGGAGCCUGCAACUAAACAGGGGACCUUCGAUAUUUCCCACUCAGUCUGUCAACAGUAUUAAAACAGUAAAAAGAUCGUAUUUUUUUUUGUAAUGGUAACAGCUUUGACUGUUUUAAUUUAUUCAAAUUACCAAUUGCCUGGUGAGAUUUCACAGCAAUAUGCAAAAUAAGAGAAUCUAUGCGAUUUUGCUUGUGUGGGUGCUUUGAGGGAUAUAUCUAUCGAUCGGUUGCUAAAUAUUUCUAAACUUAGUAUGUGUGCUAAAUACAAGUAUCCGAGAAGUACAACGACCCCUUUUCCCGUUUUUCCAAUAUUUCCGAUAUUCAGUACAUUUUUUGAAGGCCACCAAAAACCAUAUAAUGUAUAAUCGAUGUUAUUUUACCUUAAUAAGUCUUAAAAAAUACUAAUAAAUUCAGUUUAUGAUUUACAGCUGAUUUUAAAAACAAUUAAUAUUUUUUAUUUUUUUUCUGCGGAGAGAGCUCCAUUUUAUCUCUGUGUCAUUAAAGUGAAGUUCACUUGUCAUCUUCUUGGAUGCAAAUGAAAUUAUGGAUCUGAUGACUGGAAUUCAUAACCUACAAUAUUUAUUCAAUCGUUGGAAGAGAGUAGUUUACAAAACCUUUAGAAAAGCGUAGCCGUUACCUUUGAACUUAAAAUGUUUUUUUAGUUUUAAUGAAAGUAAAAGCAAUUUGACUGACAGACUGUCAAAAAAGUUAAAUGAGCCGAUAUUUAACAAAUGGCAUAGCUUGGACCUCUUGAUAGUUUAGAACCUGUUUUCCGGUCGAUAAUUCCUAAUUUUUUUCUACCGAUGAAAUUCCACUAACUAAUUUGGUGAAUUAAACUUGUUGUCACAAAACUAAAAGAACGUGUUCAUGCAUUGUUAACCUAAAAAUUGGAUAAUGAAUUUUCUGUAGACGAUAUAACUUAGCACGAUGGAGAUAGGCAAAUAUGAAAGCUUUGGAUGUUUAAUUUGCAUUUGUAACAAAACUUGGAUAUACGUUUAGUUUUGAUGGACGUGUGAUUUACCAUCUGUUUGCUCAGGAAGGGGUGAUAUUUAGACGAUAUUCUGAAUUUAAAUGUUGACUGCUUCUUGUUUAGUUCUGGCAGUUUCUAGAGGACACAAUUGAAGCUACAAAAGCGAACAACUCUGUAUUAGUUAUAAUAAUUUUUUUCAGUACUAUAUGAGACUACAAGUCUAGAUGAGCUUAAUGAGUCUAUUUGUUAAGAUAAGGAAAAUGAACGCCAGUUGCCGCAAUGUAGGGAGGAGAAUAUGUCAUAAAACGUCAGCUUUUAUAGGGCCGAUUUUAUUAACAACGAUGGAGAAUGACUUGUGAUUUGCAUGGGAAAUGAGUCUACCGAAGUUGCUCAGACUACGCACUUGGUGGAAUAGCUUUUACUAAGUGGUGAUUAACUCUGGGAGCGCCUAUUCUGUUGAGAAGGUACCAAGUUUCAGGAAGAAUUUUUCUUGAAGAAUUAGUCAAGCAACCAGUUGAUGCAGUCGAAAACUGAGGUCUUUAAUAACAAUAACUACAUUAAAAUCACCGACAAUGGCUGAAAAUCACUGUGCCCAACUCAGUAAGGUUCUACCGCAACAAGGAAGCCUUUUCGUUCCGUAUGUCCUCAACUGUGUAAUUAUGCUCGUCCUGAGCUUAACGGCGAUCGUCGGAAAUGUUUUGAUUCUGGUAUCCAUUUGUCGCGCGCCGCAAUUUCUGCGUCAGCCGUCGUAUUUUCUCUUGGUCAACCUCGCCUUCGCCGAUUUCUGCGUCGGGCUUAUCGCAGAGCCAGCCUACUUGGUGUACAAGCUUUCCUAUCUGGUAGAUCCCUUUUCUUUGUUGUCAUGCUACGCUGGAAUCAUAUUCAACUUUCUUUCUUACUUUUUAACAUCUCUGUCGCUUUGGACAGCGGCCACCAUUUCGCUGGAUCGACUAUUGGUGCUUCAUUUGCACAUGAAAUAUAGCGCGAUAGUGACAAAGUGCAGAGUUUGUAUUCUUAUUGCUGUUUUAUGGCUACUUGGCAUAAUCUUUGGUUCUAUGUUUGACUGGGCUGUGGACGCACAAAACACUGUGUUUGUGUGCGCAAAUACAAUGGCGCUCUUAAUUGCAUUGCUGUCUUAUGUGCGGAUUUUCCAAAUCGUGCGCUAUCAUCGAAAGCAAAUCUCCAUUCAAUUGUCUGAGGUGUCUUUCUGGCAGAGAGAUGAAGACAAUUCUGUGUAUACCUCGUUUUGUAGAAAAGACAGCACCUCGAAACAGUGGGAAGAUGCUAUGUCUGAAGAAAUGGACGGAAAUGAGUCGGUUAACUCAAAGACAUGCGAUAUACAUAUAGCACCAGUUAAAACCCAAGCCAAUGCGGAAAGGGCGGACUGUGAGAAAAGGUCUUGUUCCACAGAGAAGGCAUCAGUGCCACAUCUGGUGGAAAACCAGUCCUUGUGUGCUGGGAAGGAGGCAGUGACAGGCAGUGAAGCAAGGCAGAUUGGUGUAACGAAACCGGAAAACCACGAAAUCAAAACAUUGGGGGUGGCAAAGGCGAGUUUAAACUAUGAUCGUGUUUUAUCGUCAUCGAAAAGGGAAGUGAACGGGACAGAAGCGUUCGAAAGAGGACAAGAAUCCUCAAAUGGUCUGGCGAAUUCAAAUUUGAAGUUUUCAAAAAACAGAGGCAACGAGCAAAAUCAGGAUAACGUAGUUGGACUUAAGGAAGUGCACACUGAGUCGCUGGCAAGCAAGAAUUGGAUCAUGAAAAGCUGGCAACAGAAUCAGAAAUGUGCUUCAGUAGAUUGCACUAUUGAGGCCUUUAAAGAAGAUACGCAAAACGAGGACGGCUCAUCAGCUGGUAGGGACCAAGAAGGAGUUGAAGAGACAUAUAAAAGACCAUCCGAGGAAAAGGCAGGUUUGAAGGAGAAUCAGAAUCCGACAUGUUCUUUUGAAGAUAAUGCCGUGUGGAGUGAAAGACAAGAAACAGAUCAAGAACAGAGAAACUUAACAGAAGUGAUGCAUGAAAACUCUGUUAGCCAUCGGAAAGAUACGAAAAACACAUCAAAUCACAGUCAAAUAAUAACCUCUUUUAAUCGUCACGCUCAAAGUUCAAGUUCCGCAAACUACCCAACUACAAGAGACAAUCAAAUUGCCAUUAGAAGCAGUAAAAGAUUGAAAAUGCGGCAUUUUAAGAAGUCUGUUUUCAACAUGUUUGUCAUUUGGUUUCUUAUGCUUGUCUGCUACCUCCCUCUCAUAUGUACAUCUGCUUUAUUCACGCUGUUAGGACGAAGUUACUCGAUGCAUUUGGCCUUCAAUUUUACGACCUCCGUGAUGUUUCUCAACUCUAGUAUGAACCCAGUUGUGUUUUGCUGGAGGAUACGGGAAUUUCGCGCAGCUGUGCGAAAAACUCUGCGAGAGUUAUUUGGCUUUUGGGCCAAUCAGAUUAGUAGAAUUGAGAACUUUUCCUCCACUAUCAAUUAGUUAGGGAGGACGGAAAUUGCUGUUGUAGGUCAAUUCUGUUCUAGUGGAGUUAUUUUAUACGGUUGUAGGAAACUGGCCACCUGCCCCUCCCCUAAUCCAACAUUUUGCUCUAAAUGAGAAGUAAGUGUUAAUGUUGGUUUAGGGGAGGGGUAGGUGGGAAGUUUCCCAAAAACGCAUAAUGAUCCCUUAUAGAAAACUAAAGUGUCACGUCAUGAAAAUAAAAUUUCUGAAAUUAUGGGAUUUGCCAGGAUAUUCAGAAAGAACAAUGUCCAAGAGGCCUACUUGCCAAAAAUGAGCAUUUCGGGGCAAAUUGUCUCUGAGAUCGUAGCCCAGUUAUGUUUAGAAAACUCCAUACAAACCCUUCUAAUUUGUUUUGGGUCGACCCAAUGCUCAUAUUUGGCAAGUAGGCCUCUCGGACAUUGUUCUUUCAGAAUAUCCUGACAAAUCCCAUAAUUUCAGAAAUUUCAUUUUUAUGACAUCAUCACUUUAGUACUCUAUUACUUCUUUCCUUUACCCAUACAUAAAAUACUCUAGUAGAGUUACGAAGAAGAUAUCAAACAACUUUCACCAGGGAGCACUAUCCUCAAUGAUUUUUUUAGUGAUUUUUGCGGGCAUCGCAUUAAAACUUGAAAACGUUGGCCCAAUUUUUUCAAGUCUCAAUCCAUGUCCAUCCUUAAUUGCCAUCUCUUACAACAGACAACAGGAAACAGUUUCAAUGCGUAAAUGUAGUGUUAAAUAACAAAUCUAGACCAUUAUUUUUAGAAUUCAAUGGAAACGAAGAAAAGUUUUAGCUUUUUUCAAAUACAGACAAUAGCGUGAGAUAGGAUCUUUAAGAGAUAUAUAUGAGCAGUAGGAUUUUAGCAUUUUAUACCACUUAACAGCUAAUCAAAUACAGACCUGACGUUCAACUAAUCUAUCCUCAAGCUAAGUGCCUUAUAUAAACCGAUUAAAUGUCGGUGGAUGCUAAUAUAACCUCGCUUCUUUUUUUCGCUUCAAAAAGGCGAGCAUUUUUAACUUCGAUAUGACAGAUAAACUCAGAUUAAUACACUUAUCCUUGCUACGCGUGCCAACUGACGUAAGAACCUAUUUCAUGUAUGCGUGCACGCACAACAUGGAACAAGUGUAUUUGUUUGUUUACCAUAAACUGUUUUGCGCUUUAUCGCUUAGUCUCGCUUGCCCGAUUUUAAAUAUUAUAAAUGCAAAAAGCGCCAACAACACCAUAAAAGCCCAUACAUACAUUCAUACAUACAUAACCUUUAUGUUAAGUCGAAUUUUAGAGUAGCUAUACUAUAUAGCUAAUAUCUUCGAGAAACAAAUUAAGAUCUCUAAAAACUGAAAAAAAAAAUACACACAAAAUAAGACAAAAAUUAGUGAAAACUAACUAAACGUAUUGAGAUUUUACACACGUCGCUUAAAAUCAUUAAAAGCACUUUUCCUUAAUUCGUCGGGAAGAUCGUUCUGUUGCUGAGCGGAAAAAUAAGAAGAGUGUGGUCCGUAGGUUGUAAUGUUCUAGGCUUGCUUAGAGUCGUACAAGCCAAUAUAUGGGUAACGCGCAAGUUAUAGGUUGUAUGGCGAACUGUAAACAUGUUCCUCAUAAGUUGGAUACUCAUUAAAUAGUAGACUCUUGUAAACUAGUAUAAAAAAUUCUUAAUGCGGUUGUUGUACAAAGAAGUUGGGUCGAAUGUGGUGGAGUCGAGCUGUUCUCUUGACAGAAAAAUAGAAAGGUGAUGGUUUUCGGAAGAUGCAAAUAAAUUUGCUCCAGAGGCAAGGUAAUGCGCCCUUACGGCCAACGAGCGAGUCUCCCUUUUAACAUAAUGUAAUUGUACCAUGUACCUAAACAAAGCGCGUUUAUACUACUAUCGAACGUGGGUUUGAUUUCGUCCGUUUCUGCAAUACACCUUAUUUGCUUCACUUCAUUAUGAAAAUUUUUUUCCGACAUUAAUUGUUAAGGUAUAUAUUAUUUCGGUUAUUUCACCGGAAAGGCAUUUUAAUAACAUUUUGACAGCUGCUGUCAUUCAAAUUUGUACCUGAUUGCCAAUUUACCUCAAGGCGUCGUUUCAAGAGCCCAACCAAACUAGUCUGCGUAAAAGCUGAGUAUAUUCUGGAUAAGGAUAUGUGAAACUAGUUUUAAUUUACUGUUUGCCAUUUGCGCGACUAAAUGAUGAGUUAAGGUCGACUUAUCGGCCUCAGCUGGGAACAAGAGAGAAAUCAUUGUCACGUGCCCUCCCCUCCCCCCGCGCUUUUUCGUAGUGUUUUUUUUUCGCUUGCGGAACUGGUAACUGCAAAGCACUUGCUGCCCUUAUUUGCAUGAAUUACUAUUAACAUGAGUAUGAAUAGACCUCUUUAGCCUGUACGUUUUGUUUUCCAAUGAAAAUCUCAGGGAAAUUUGCCCGUUUCUCCUAAAUUAUGCGUAGAUAUGCACAUGAAUAAGACCAAAUAAUGUGAAAGAAAUAGUUCUCAAGAGUAUUAUCACAUGACCUACAUUAGGAAAACAAGUACAUAUAGCAUCAACCCCAACCUAGUUUCGAGACAGUGCUUGACCCUAACCAGUAGAGGCAGUGCUUGACCCUAAUUAGUAAAGGGGAAAACUACGUUGUGUAAAUUUCAUGAGGUGUCCGAAGGGGCUACGGUCGAUGGGAUCUAAUGAUAACCUUUUUAACGGUCGAUACCAUCAUUGGUAACCAAGCCUUUAGUCAUAAUAGAUGUAAUAUAAUCCCUGGAUUAAAUUACAAUAAGCAAAAUAAUACGUUUUUGAAUAGUCUUAGGAAGAACGAAGUUGAAGCCCAAGUUGAAUUUACGUUAAAAGUUAUGGAAAGGGCUAGGGUCACCUACUAUUGAUGUAUCAGUUCCGAAAAAGAGUUUGUUGGUUUAUGUGUACUCAGAUUUUUUGAGAUUUUGGCGAGCCGGUGUGGUAGUGUAGUGGUAAGGGAGAGAGAUAAGGAUACGAAGGGUCCGGGUUCGACCCUGCGUUGCAAUUUUCUUUCGUUUUAACAGAAACUCUCUCAAUAACAACUCAAAAAAUUUUCUAAGUGUCUUAAAAAUGGCAGCGACCGUUUACAAAAGGGACAAUUGCGCCGGCCUCCGACGCGUUCUUUCGGGUAGCCGCCGACCACAUUUGUGGCCGAAACUUACUGUUUUAAAACUAGCAUCGUUUAAUGUGGAAUGCUCGUGCCCUAUUAAGAGUGCACGCUGGAAAUUUCUGUGCCCAGAGUUGUUAUCGCGCAAGCCUGUUUUGUAAGUUGUGUCGCACGUGACUUAGACGUCAGUGGUUGUUAAGGAAACGCUAGUGUAUGCGUGAUAGCAGCGGAAGACGUCCCAAGCAUAAUUAAAAACGAUACUUAAAAUUUUGGCAGGUAAACAAGGUGUAUUAUGGGCAUGGUGAAAGUGGUGAAUUCAAGACAGCUUUCCCCCCUUCCCUUCUCCUACCACCCCUCCCCCUCCUUCUACCCUCUCCCCAUCCCCCCUCACCUUCUUAACCUGGAAUUUGAGCAAGAGUUCAAUGUAACAAAAAGUUUCAGUUAGCUUUCUGGAAUCAAUUUUUGGUUAUUAAGGUUACUUUCGUUGGGAAUUGAGAUUUUAAUUCUCGACUCAGUCUUUUAACUUGCUUAGCUAUAGAAAUAACGUAUUAACUUUCGAAUAAUAUAUAACAUUCUAACUGAUGUUAAUUUUCAGGUUAUGAUUCUCAAAUUCGAUCUUCUUUCAUCGUAACGAUUGGUUUAUCCUCGGUUGCCACUCUUUAAAGUGAGACAGAACGGAUUCUGUUGUAAUUCUGUUGAAAAAUUUUAAACACCUCUUCUAAGAAAAACACGUAUACCCUGAAAUGGCACAAGUUUCUACUUAAGAAUCUAUAUCGUUAGAUAGAUAGUCUGCUAUGGCAACUGAGACUUUCAUAAGAUUAAUACAUACUAACCUAUGAAUAAUAUAAUAAUACGCUUACUGAUGUUAAUUUCCAGGUUAUGACUCUCAAACUCCAUCUUCUUCCAUCGUAGCGAAUGGCUUUACCUCAGUAGUCAGUGCUACUCUUUCAAGUAAGACAGUAAUUUUGUAAUAGAAUUAACGCCUCUUCUGACAUUAACGCAUAAACCGCUAAAUGACUAUUGGGAUGGGUGAAGCGUCGAGUAUACUAUCAAAGCCGACAUAAUACCUUGCUUUUCUCUCUUUUAAACAAUUUUUUUGCGACAUUCUCCAUCUACAUAAUAUUGUAAUUCCUAUCAUAAAUUCAGUAACAUCUGUAAACCUAAAGAAGGCUAGUAAUGGCCAGCCGAAAUAUUGUUAUGAAAAAGCAAUACACGUUGUUAUGAUCAGCUUAGCAUUAGUCUUUGGACUUCUCGUUUUUUGGUUCUUAAUAUUUUAGCCAAUUAGAUCUCCUUUGUGCAGAUCCAACGUUGACAACCAGCAGGAUCUUCGUCCACGGUUUUUGCAGUUAAUUUCUUUAUCAUAAUACGGAGGCCCCGUUCUUAUGGAGAAAACUUGUCCCGGGUGGAAGGGUCACCUCCCUACCCUAGGAGCCCUGGGCGAGACACCUUUUCAUACAAUUCCUUUCAAAACGUGGGGGACCGUUGCAAAACAAAGUUCGCUAGGCUACCAGGGUAGCCCGCCUUGCCUUGUCUUAAUGCAAAUUCCACUGCAUUGCGAGCACUAAUAGUGUCGAGUGAGAGAAGCUUCAAAUUGUUUUAGAAAAAUGCUCUCUGGUGAUUCUAAACAAAGACGUUUCUGCGAAAAGCCGGAUUUUCUCCUCUUGCUAUGAGCUUACAGAUAGCAAAGACGGGUUAGCCAAUAAGAAUUAGGGAUUUGUAAUACAAUAUUAGUGGAUCAGAAUUUUACGAAUGAAAAUUAAUUUGUAGGUUAUGACCCCCAUCGUUCAUCUUCCUCCAUCGCAGCAAGUGGUUCUACCGCAGUAGUGAGUGCUGUUUUGCCAAGCAAGACUGCUUCCCCUGUAGAAUCAACGUUAUCUUCAGAGGUUAUGCCUGCCGUCGGCUCCUCAAUUGCGCCAACGCCAACUGAAGCAGCGACAGCUUCCGAAACGUCCACGAUUGCCGUUACCGAAACACCGACUAGUUCUACGGAGGAACCGACUACCACAGCAAAACCAGGCACAGAACCUUCAGAUAAGGUAUAUUGUUUUAAAGCGGCUAUAUGGAAAACUUAAAGAAAGAAGACGGUUAUACUACUUUAUUAGAUUUAUAUAGAUUUAUUUAUUCGUUGGACAGCUUACAGAUUCGUCAGCUGUCGAAUCAACAAGAAUGUGUUUAAGCGUACAACUAUUUCAUGGUGGUGGUGGGGUCUCUGAGUGAACGCAUUGCCGGCCAGCAUGAUGUCACAUUUCGUCUUAGCAAAAUUCAAAAUGGCGGCUGAAGUUUUCGAGGAAGAGACGAUAUAAGUUUAAAAUUUGUCAUGGCUAUUCUGGCCCAGUAUUUUCUCACGUUUGUUACUAAUAUGCUAAUGUAUUUUUUUAUUGAAACUAAAUGAUAUUCUCUUCUUGAAUUUGAAGUUUAAAGAAGUCGCCAAUGUAACGAUAACAGAAGAAAACUCGCUUGACGUGGUCGAACAACUAGAAAACUUGACGAUGGAGGAAAAGUUGAAUAGCGGAGAUACAAAAGUCACCAUUGAAAUCCUUAUAAAAGUCGUCGAGAAUGAAAAUUUGCUCCCACAAAACAAGACAAAGCGGCAACAGUUGGGACAGGUGAGUACGAUGUAAUGAAAAAUAAGCAUUUUUAAAAUGCGCCCUCGGGCCUAAGAACCAUUUUUCAUGCAACAUUAUUUGAACAGUGAAAAGCUUGGGGCGUUGGUACCUACUAACAACCAGCUGCAAAAGAGAGUAUGUUCCUUAUUUGGGGUUAAAUGGGCUGUCCAUGAUCGUUUGCUUGUAAUCCCCGCUCCCCGGUUUUCAAAACAACUGGCAAUACGAGACCAUGCUCAAGAUUUUUGUAACUGGUUGAAAAAUCAGAAAAAUUUAUGACGCCUCACAACUGGUCGAAGACAGCCGAAGCAUUCUAAACAGCCUUAACUGUACAGUGUUUCGAAGUGUUGACUUGAAGCUUCAACGAAACACAGUCGACAACCGUUAAGUCAAGAUACCCUACCAUAUUCCAUCUUUUCAAAUCUGACCCCCGACAACGAUUUGAUACAAAACCUUUCUUUGUCUUUAGUGAGCUGUAUAAUUAGAUUUUAAUUUCGUUUUUUUUUAUUUUUAGAGUAUCCUGAACGUUGCAAGCUCACUCCUUUCGGAGGAAAAUAAAGAGACCUGGGGAGAGCCAACAGAAGGGAGAAAUCAAUCAAUCACGGUAUUUAUCAAUGACAUUAAUUUUUAGUACUAUUUGCACUUAUACCGUUGCACAUCGUUACAAUUAUUAAAGCACGUGCGAUAAGCUUAGUAAAGACUAAAAAUUUCAAAAAUUGUUUGCUACAAUUUGGUGAAGUUGUUUUUUUAAAAACGAGGGUUACGUAAUGUAAGUUGUGUGCAAACUCAUCAGGAAAUUUUAUGACUGGAUUUUAGAUAAACCUACAGUAAUAAAUUUAAUAUUUAAACUUGUUUCCAAUUAUUUAUGUUGCCAUGGCAAUGAUAGAAAUCUUACGUUUAACCUAAUAAAUGUGAUUUCUUUUGAUUAUAUUUUUUGUCCGUGCCAAAUCUUGGCUUUAUACCAUCAACGCGUAGUAAAUAACACCCCAAUGAGUCGUAACGAUUCAUAACAGUAUCAAACUGUGUUGAGCCACUUUAAUUGAAAUUUAUCUUUAAGGUUACCUCUCCCAUGCAAGUUUUGGAAGUUAUAGACAAUAUUGGUUUGAAAAUUGGAGAACAACUUGGGGACAACGAAAGCUACGUCAUUUAUAGCCCCAACAUUGGUAUGUAAGAUAAAAUCGAUGGUAACUUUGAUUAGGUUACUGAAAAAUGCCUUGUAUGGAGGACUUGCAGAAAAUUCACUUUUAUUCUAUACACUCACAUCUUAGUAGCUGAUGAGUUUAAGUUAAUAUUGUCCGUUUAAGUUAAUAAAUUGUCUCAUUGUAAAAAAGCUUUCAUCUUUUCUCUUUUUACACCAUAAAGCAAUGGGUGUAGACACCAAACUGCCCGAGGAGUCAGACACUGGAAAAGAAUACCCUCGCUAUAAUGAACUCAGCGAUGCCGGAUACGAUUGGACGGGAAAGGAUCACGUGUUUAUUCAUAAGGAAAUAUUUGAUGAAAUGGCUAAAGGUCAGUGUUCAUUGAAGUAGAGACUGGUAUGAAAGUAAUAUAUAACAUCUACAGUGGCGGAUCCUAGUCUUUAGUUAACAGCGGAGAGGUACAUUCAUUCAGACCCCGAGGAUCUUAUGGAAAACAGUAAUCCAAGCGUCCCCCUCUCCUAGAUCCACUACUGAUUAUAUCUUGCACCAGAGAUUCUUUUACCACCAUUAUUUUCCACAAGGAACACUAAAAGGCCAGUGUGGCCAGUACCGGAUCCAGAACUUGAGAAAAGGGGGGUGGGGCGGUCAUCCAGACCCUUAGAUAAGAAGGGGGUGCAGUCUCCCAGAAAAAGGUUUUUCGGCCCUUCGGGCCUCGGAUUGGUCCAAGAAUAAAGGGGGGCGGGGCCUCCGCUUGAUCCGCCACUGGUGACUCCCUAAUAGUGGCUUAGAAUAAAGUUAUCAUACUAAACAGUCGACGUUAUUUUGUAGUUUGCCAAGAGAGUGUUAUUUUGGAUAAUCGCUCAUUGCCUGAGAAAAUAGCCGACAUGUCGUAACGUGACCAAUGAUUUCCCGCGAAAUGAAGUCUGAGAAACGAGCGCAGAAAUUCUAAAAUGAUGACGCUUCACUACUUAGAUCUGGGUUGUGGUCAGUCUAAUUGGUUGAAGCCAAUUUUUCAAACGGCACGACCAGUACCACCCAGAUUUGGGUUGUGGCCCGUCAUCAGUAUGAAAUGUCGGUGCUCGUUUCUCAGACGUCAUUUCACGGGGAAACUUCUGGUGGAGUCGCAAAAUGUCGGCUGUUUUCUCAGGCUAAAUCUCUCAAAAAGCCUUUGUCAUUGGCUUUUUCACACCUUGAAGAUGCUAGCGGAAAAUUUCGGAGGGAAUUGUCAUAUUUGUAUACCUUAAACAAUAAUUCGACUUUGAAUUCCACUAACUACUUUUAACUUACUGUACAAGGGAAUGUACUUUGUCCGUUAUAUUAUUGAUAGUUUUGUUUUCUUGUAGAUAAUAGCACCAAGACUGUAGUGGUUUAUACCAUUUACAGCAAAGUGAGCGAGCUUUUUCCGGUGAAUGAUAGGUUGGUCUUCGUGUCAUCGGCACUUUCUUAAUUCUUUAUAUGUUUUUUCAUAUUUUUGGUUUGUCCUUUCAGAUAGCCGUAGACCAAGGCCCAGUGAUCCGAAGGCCGGUUAUUUUUAAUGUAGUUAAUAUAGGAUUUAAUUUCAUUCCAAGUUCCUGUUUCGUUAGUUUAAAGUUAAGUUAAACCAGUCCUUUGGAGUCUGAAGAAUUUACUGUUUGAAUCCAAAGCCGGUUGGCCCUAACACUCAGGUUAUUCUUAACCCUAAGCAAUCCAGCCCAGAAGACGUCUUAUUGAGACGCGGUGUCGUUCUUAAACAUUCUUCUUCUUGAUACAUAAAGAAGUAUAUUAUUUUUGGCACAAACUGUGGUUGUUUUUCUUCCAGCCUUCACAAUGUGUUUGUAAACUCACUGAUUCUCGGGGUGCAAUUUAACAAGCAGCUUCGAGGUCCUUUUACGACGCCCAUUAAAUUGCGGUUCAACAAGAUUAAGGUUAGCUUUAGUUUGUUUAUUUGUUUGUUUGUUUACUAAAUUCUAAUCUGGUCCCAGUUUUUUCGUCUAAUCCUACGAUUUAAUGGUACAUACGCAUCAUCAUCAUCACCAUCAUCAUUUCAUUGAUUUGCCUGUAAUCUUGAAUCCAUUAUUCAAAACAAAAAACCUUUACAUCAGUUUUUUACUACGUUAUCAUGACAAAUAAAAGAGUGCUUUACGCCUUUUGAAUUUUUUUGGUUGAGAAGUUUUUACAUUGCCUCGAUCGAGAUUUUCCUCCUCCCCUCCCUCUCAAGAUGAAAGCUUUUGAGAUGACGUGAAAAAGUUUAGUUUUGCUCAAUUAAUGUAGUUAGCAACAGCUUGCAUUUUAUUAUUCCGGAUCUGCUAAAAUAUACCUUAUUGUUGUUUGCAGCCCCAAAAUACUACAAAGCCUUCUUGCUCUUUUGUGGACUUUACCAAGUAUGUCUUCACUCUUUUGUGCCUUAAGCAAACAUGGUUCUUAGCAAUUUUAACUAAAUGUAGCCAUUCGUUUCUCCAAAGGGGUUUAGUGCGUGAUCAUUUAAACGGAUAUUACUGCAUUCCAAUACAAGCACUGUUUGAUCAGACCUAGGCUAUUCAGAGAAAACUUCCCAUUGGGCUCCUGUGCGAGUUCUUCCCAUCCCGUCUCGAGUUUCAUUUGUUGCGAGUUGACUGAGGGGGACGAUUACGUAAAAAGCACAAAAGCUAGACGAGCUUGAUUUUUAUAUUUUCACGAUGACGACAUUAGAAUACAACUACCCGAAAUACUUUCGUUUUUGCUUUCUUAUUUAAAUUGGUCAAUCCGCCAAAAGUUUAAAUAACGAUAGCCCUAAUUUGCACAAGAAAACAAUAAACUGAAGGAUUCUGGUGGUUGUAGUAAAAUGACGUCAUCAUACAAUUUUCUUAUUAACAUUUAUGUUUUUGUUAAUCAUAGAAACGUUGGCACGUGGUCAGACAGAGGAUGUCGCGUGGUCGGAGAGAAAAAGAAGACCGUGGAGUGCGCCUGCGAUCACUUGACAAACUUCGCCAUUUUGAUGCAAGUCAAAACAUUUGAAGUAAGCUCAAAAAGAAAUUUUUUGUUUUACUUCUGCAAAAAACGACUUUUCUUACGGUGUGUAGCGUUUAAAGGAAAGAUCUAGGGCGGAUAUGAAAAUGACUUCCCGCCCUUCGCAUGCAAGAACUGAUCAGCCCUAUCGGGAAUUUCUUGUUUUUGUUUUAGUUUCUUACUGUUUGCUGCCCUUUAGAGUGCAAAAACAGCGAGAAUGCUAAGGUCCUGCCCACAGUAACAUCGAAAACACUCUUGAAAGUGGAUCUAAACCGCAUGCAUAUCGUAUUGGUGUGGACGGUCAAAAACGGUCGAAAGCGCAUCAAAAUAAAAACGAUGACCGAAAAUAUCGCAGGCGCGUGUGUUUAUAGAUGGACGCGGGAAAAGUAACUUCUCGUACUAUGCUAAUUUAGUUGGCCUAUUUUUGCUUUGUUUUUUUUGCACAGGUGAGCUUCUAACAUUUUUAUUUUUAAUUUUUAGAUUCCAAAGGAACAUUAUACGGCUUUGACGGUUAUAACAUAUGUUGGCUGUGGAAUAUCGCUGUUUGGACUUGCUCUUACAUUGGCCACCUUCUUGUCACUCGAGUAAGCUCUUUCCCUUUCAGACUUGGAUGCGAGUAAAUAGGCAGCAAAUUUCGUUUUCAUGAUAGAUAAAAAGAGAAUAGACCAUUUUUCAGUUGUGGGCUCAAAGCCACAGUCUUCGAGUGAAUGUGAGACUGGGGUUUACUUUGUUUUGAUUUAAACCUCCAUUGUUUCUUUUGGAAAUUCUGCUUGAACUAAACGAGUUAGCAUAAAAACAACUUCAUUUGCAUAAGAAAGCAGGAAGGGUUGCAUCAAAACAAGCUGAACUCCAGCCUCGUUUCCAUCUCUAAUUAGGCUAUUAUUCUCUCCACUUUUUGACCCACCACCUCUAGGCAUACUACCUGACGGGAUACCACCAGAGCAGGAGGGGAGGGGGGGUUGGGGGCAGAAUACUCCAGUGCACAAGAUUCCGGUAUAAGCACGAACCACGCAACUAAAAUUUUAGGAUUAAUUUAGUUUUCUGGGAAACUGCCCACCUACCCCUCCCUUAAGCUAACAUUAAGAAUUACUUUGGGCAAAAUGGUGGCUUAGGGGAGGGGUAGGUAGGCAGUCUCCCAGAAACCUAAAUUGGUUCAAAUUUGAAGUAGUGGAGUCGCUGAACUACCGUAUUGCCUGGAAUAAUAGCAGUCCCUCGAUUAAUCGCCUUCUUUAGACGGAAAUAUUUAAAAUAAUCACUUCCCUCGAAUAAUCGCCCCCCCCCCACCCCUCUUGCCUUUUUUGUCGUUCGUUUAUCCACUCCCUGCCAAGUCAAAGUAGAGUCCGAUCCAUCAAAACUGAUCAGUGACAAUUCAAUCUCUGAUGCCAAGGUUCUUGACAUUCACAUAUGUGAUCGUUUUUUGGUUUUAAUGGGAUAAUAAAACAAAAUAUUUAAGGCACGACUUCCAGUGAGCAAUAUUUGAAAUAACUGCAUUCCUCAAAUAUUCGCCCUGCCUUGAAUAACCGCCCCCGGCUAUUAUUCGAGGAAAUACGGUACUCUACUUUUAGGAGUAUCAUUAUUGUGUUACUAAAACAGUUUCAAAACCUACUCUUGCCUCUCUUUACUUGCUUUGGAAACAUAAGCAGUCAUGUUUAAGACCCCAUAUAUAAAGGCAUUUUUAUCCCCAGGACACUGGCCUCUGAACGCACCUCGAUCCACAAGAACCUUGUUGUUGCUAUUGGACUUGCGCAGAUCAUAUUUCUGGCUGGAAUAGAUGCCACCUACAAUCCUGUAAGUAUCACAAUCAUUGUUGGGAUUAAAUUCUCCUACCCCUUCCUUAAGUCGACAUUAACGCUUACCUAUCACUUGGGGCAAAAGUGUGAUUUAAGGGAGAGGUAGGUGGUCAGUUACCCAGAAACUCUUUAUAAGAUAUACCACUGGUUUUUCUUAUUUUCUUCAAGUGGGUUCCUGGCAUCUGUUUCUUACUUCUUUGCCUAACAGUUUAACUAUGACGUUAUAAUUGAAACCUACCAGAUAAUUUCUUUUUUCCUAAUGGAAAAAGUGGUGUGUUUCUUUCUCUUCCCGCUUUUUUAUCCUCAGUCUUUGCUUUGCUUUGCAAUUUCAUUUUCUUAUUUUUUCUUUUCUUCCCUUUUUUUUUACACCUUUCUUUUUUUUUGAAUUCCGUUUUUACCGCCAUUCUCUACCUCUGUUCACAUUCUCUUUUCUCCUUAAAUUUGUUUGUUCGUUUCUUCCAGCUUCUAUUUGUCCGUUUUUCUUUAUUUCCAUUCUCUGUUCCUCCCUCUUCCUCUGCCGACCUCAUCACACGUCCAAACAUCUUUUUCUAUUGUUUAUGUUGGUACAGAUAAUGUCCGCUAGGUGCGAUUACGUUCCUAAUUCCUGAAUUAGCAUGAUUAUUUUUUUGCAGAUCGCUUGUAAAGCUGUAGCCUUGUUCCUGCAUUACCUAUACACAGCGGCGUUCACCUGGAUGUUAUGUGAAGGAAUUCAUCUUUACAGCAAGAUAGUGGAAGUGUUCAGUGAGGGCUCUAAGAUGAAAUAUUACUACGCCCUAGGGUGGGGUAAGUAACAGUUGUGGAAAAUUCCUUUCCCUAAGGUGUCCCAUUACAGUCAAACUUCCAUGUCCUACCACCUCUCAUAACCGACCACUUAUCCAAAACACCAUACUUUUCCCAGUCAAAGCCUUUCAGUUUGAACCUCUCGUAAAACGACCAGGGCUGGCGAUUUUGAUAGUUUUCUGUAGUUCUAGUUUCUUGUAAGCGACCACUUGAUGCAUGCUCUCAUCUCUCCCCGGCGAGAGGAGCAUGAAUAGACCAUAGUCAGCCAUUGUUUUACCAUCGUUGAACACGGUUUCCAACCAUGGUCUACCAUGGUUUGGCAGUGAUAUAACCAUGGUUUGGCCAUGAUCAAACAUGAACGUUAAAUUACACUAAGGAUGACCAUGGUCAAACAUGGUCAAACUGCCCAUUGUUCGCCGUUUGUAUGAUGCUACUCAUAGUAUAAAAAGAACUUUUAGUGACAACAUGGAACUACACAAAUCGUAACUUAGAAAUUGUACGCAAAGAUGAUUAUCCAUAAUUUUGAUGAGUCCGGAGACUCCGGGCCUCCAAAUACAGACUGUGGUCAGAUUGUAUUGGGCAACAAGUGAACAAAUCGAGGGACUCGUAUCUGGGAUCCCCGCAGAUUUUUGUGGGCGAUUGACGUCAUCACCAAUUUGCCAAGGAGAGAGAGAGAGAGAGCCUGGGAAGAUAACUUUUUCUGAAUCAUAUUAUUGAUUAUUAUUUCCCAGGUUUACCAUUGACGAUUGUUUUUAUCUCUGCCUGCUCUCGUUGGAGUGGCUACGGUAAUGAGCGCGCGUAAGUAUUGGAUUUUAAACACUGAAUAAUUAGCAUUAGAAUCACCACAAUUAUUAAAAAUUAUUAGAAGGCUAAAUGUUUUCGAUUCAGUAUUUUAAGAACUUGAGAUCAGACUUUUUACUUCGUUUGCUUCAAAACUCUCCACUGUAUCUAAGUGUGGCAUAUUUACAUUUCAGUUGUUGGAUAUCAAUCAGGGAUGGCCUUAUAUGGGCCUUUGUUGCUCCUGUUCUCAUCAUUAUGACUGUAAGUUUACAUGUAGACCUUUAUUACAUUACUUUUUUUUUAAAAUAAACCUUAACAAUUCCCGUAGACAGUACAGUCCCUGAUAAUCUGUUUCAGUUUUUCUUACCUUGACUUUCACUAGUAGACAAUUUCAGUCUUGAGUUAUAUGCCUCUAGCGACUUAAUAGUAGGCUGUUCUCAGUAGUUUCUAGAAUAUUUUCAGGACGAGUGAGACCCUCCCUGCUAGCAGAGGGCCCUUUUCCUUAAAUUGAAUUCUUACUUCAGAAACUCUAGGAAGAAUGGGUACAAGCUUUGCUUGCAGUGAUUUCUGGGAUCGUUUCCCUUUGGCUGAACAAGUGUUAGUUAUGAUUGGUUGAUGGUAUUCAAGCCAACCAUCAACCAAUCACAAGUAACGCUUGUCCACCCAAACAUCCCAGAAAUCUUUGCGCCGAAGGCUUUGUACCUAUUAUCCUUAUCGUUUCUGGAAUAGAGAAUUCUAUGAGGGGAGGGUGGGAGGACUGAAUUUUGUACAUUUUUUUUAUCAGAUUAACUUUGUUGUCAUGAUCAUGGUAAUCAAGGUGAUCAUAGCAUCGGUGACGUCACUGCAGAAUCCGGGCAACACUUCCCAAGUCAGGUGAGGAAAAAUGAAAAUUGAUUGGUUGGAAAAAACGGGUAAAACGGUUCUGGGGGAGCAAGGAGAACGGAUUUCAUAGGUUUGCGUAAGCAUUAGAGAUCCAGGAACAUCAUAUAGUUUUGUAAAACACCUUGAUAUAAGACGGUAAAAGAUACUGGGAGUGGAAAUGCCAUCUAUCUACUUCCCCCUGCCAGAAUUGAUGUUCGGUGUCCAACCAGAUGUGGCUUAUAUAAAAUGAAGGGCAAUGCACUAACUGCUGCCCGAAGCCUUUGAAUCAAAACAAGAAUAGAAAUGACGAUAGCUUUUAUCGGCUGGAAAAUUAGUUGCGACACGUAGCCCUAAAAGGCCUGUCUGACGUUUUGCCAGCUUAAAAAAGGGAAAAUAAACCUUCCCUUCCUCCACCCUCGAUGGAAUGUUGUGCCACGGUUAGAGCUACUUGUAGAAAACAACGACCUCAGCUUUGAAUGGAGGGGGGAAGGGGUGUGGAUUGUUUUGUUCUCUGAAGUUACCCUAUUUGAGGACAACAGCGUAACAAUUUUGUUGCGGAUUGUAGUUUUAUAUAUUUAGCUGUGGCAUGCUUCUAAAAUCUUCAGUUUAGGUUGUGGCAACCGACAAGACCAAAUGCCGAACAGUGUUUGCAACAUUUUCUUGAAAAACCAUCGGUAUUAACUUAUUGUCUGACUUCAGGGCUGGUGUCAAAGGCAUGAUCGUGCUGCUGCCACUGCUUGGAUUGACUUGGGUGUUUGGUAUCAUGGCAAUCAACAAGAAUACCAUCGCAUUUCAAUAUCUUUUUGCCAUCCUCAACUCACUCCAGGUAAGAAGGUGUAUAUUUUUUUUCGUCGUUUGAAUUGAUCAGACUCACUUUAAGAAAAGUGGGUACUGCGUUGCAAAUAUAAGAGUGUUCUGGCGUGGAAAGUGUUGUUGUUUUAAUCCAUUUUUUAAUAUAUAACGUUUUUGUUGGAGUUAUGUGCAUAAUAAGACAAUACAUUUCUCGAUCUUGUAAAUUUCUUUUCAUUUGAAAUUUGUUAAAAUCACACUUCUGCUAAUAAACUUUGCGCACAAAAAAUAGUUUUUAGGGACCAAAAUGUUUUUGGGAGUUUUGAGGAACGUACGCCUGGGCGGAAUCUUCUCGGAAUAGCGCUAAUCCUGCGUGGACCAUAAUCAGAGUGUACGAGUUUUCAUGCUAUCUUAAUAUGGAUUUGCUCCCACCACCAACUUGUCCGUGACGUUUUCGCUCCCAGUACUUAACGAUCGAUAGCAUCAAAAACGCUGAUCGCAUCUUUUUUUUUUUAUUCUACUAUGAUCACUUUUGUACUUCUCCUCAAAAGUCUUCUUUCAAAGCCCUCUUCACUUUUCACAUCUUAACCUGGAAAAGGAAAGAAACGCUGUGUUCAAAUAGUAUAGUUUAAUACCUGUAAUAAAAUCAAAUCUGUUCACUGCAGGGACUCUUCAUUUUUGCUUUCCACUGCAUUGGGAACACCGAGGUAUGUAUCCAUAAUAUAUGUUUUGGGAUUAAUGUGUAGGCGGGGUUUUUUCCCCUCCUACCCCUGUUACCCCGUUGCGCGUCGAAUCCUGUAUGAGUAACAAUUAGCGGUCAGCUUACGAACAGGGCGUACGACGCGUAAGGUCCACCUUAAGAUAAAAGCGUUAUACUACUCAGACGAGAAAAAAAACUAAGUAGUCUGGGGUCGUUCGUUUACUUAAGAUAAAGACCAGUGACGUGAAGAUCGUACGCCACGUGACCAUAUUAACGCGCCGUACAUAGGUGUUGAGUCCAGGCUGCUAUCCCUUUUCAGUUUUGGACUUAAUUCCUUGAUGAGUAGUGCCUCCUUAACUUGAGAUUUUUUUUCUUGAGAUCCUCUUGUAGUAAUAUUUUCCCUCUUUUGACCAGGUACGACAUGCCUAUAAAAGACUUCACGAGAAAAGAACCUUGGCAAAAAGUUUACCUGAGCACUCUCUGUCCACAUCACACCACAGCCGGGUAAGCAUAUUCACUUCCUCUUACGGCAGCCUUUAAAGUAAUUGUCCAGGUAAAUUUCAACAAGAUGAUGUUAUUUUAGCCUGCUUGGCAGGCGUUUGAAAGGAAAGGCGAAGCGGAUUUCGGGUACGCGAGAAGCGCAAAAGGCACGCGAGGGACAGGGAAGGAAAUAGGAGGCAGAACGAAAAAAAAAACAUGGCUUGUCAGCAAGCGUUACCCUUCUCUUUCCUCCCCCGGGCGUUCUAGCGCGUCUUUAAUUCUCCUUUCUCCUUUCCUCUUUUCCGGCCUUCCCCUUUCGAACUGUGCAUGCCUCGCAGGCUUAUACAAACGUUUACUUCUUUCUUUUGGUGUUUAUUUCCUUCUCUGGAUUUUCUCGUUUACAGGAAAAAAGACGAAUGGAUUCCCACGAAACUAAUUUGACUGGUGAUGACGAAAUCAUUGUUACAAAGACUAUCCGUAGUGUUUCUGGUAAGUUUUUUUCUGUUGAUUAAACAAUUCGCGUAACUUAGUCUCAUGUCUUAAUUUCUCACUACGAAGACAAGAAAAGAACACAGUUAUCAGAAAAGUACUGCAUGAACUCUUUCAUGGGUUAUGAUCUUUACCGGAUUAAUCUUGUUUACAGUGUCGUAAGAACAGUUGUCAUGUCAUAUCCAUGCUCAAAAGGUUCUUGCAAGGUUUUGAUAUACUGUUGAACCUCUCCACAGGUGGUCCGGAGAGGUGGUCGUUGUGGAGAGGUGGUCGUUGAGAACUGGCCGUUGUAGAGACGUUGUGGAGAGAGGUUUAAGGUGGUCCUUGUGGAGAAGUGGCCGUUGUGGAGUGGUGGCCGUUGUGGAAAGGUGGCCGUUGUGGAGAGGUGGCCGUUGUGGAGUGGUGGCCGUUGUGGAAAGGUGGCCGUUGUGGAAAGGUGGCCGUUGUGGAGAGGUGGCCGUUGUGGAGUGGUGGCCGUUGUGGAAAGGUGGUCGUUGUGGAGAAGUGGCCGUUGUGGAAAGGUGGCCGUUGUGGAGAGGUGGUCGUUGUGGAGAGGUGGCCGUUGUGGAGAGGUGGCCGUUGUGGAGAGGUGGCCGUUGUGGAGAGGUGGCCGUUGCGGAGAAGUGGCCGUUGUGGAGAGGUGGCCGCGGGAGGUUCGACUUUAGUUAGUACAGGAGGGCCGGUCUCCCUUUAGUAACAACUGAUUUUGAAUCUCCGCCCGAUUUUUCUUCAUUUCUAUGUACACAAACGUAACAGUGUCAAAACUGUGAACAGUUCACUCGCCACUCAGGAAACUAGAAGGGAGCUGCAACCGAAAUGUGUCCCGCAAUUGUUUCUGAGAUCUUUACUGGUGACGCGCCAUUCAGCCAUUGGUCAAUUUUUUCCCCUGCUGCAAGUAACAGUCCCAGACGUCUUUGCGAACGUUAACUCGACCCAGUCCCCUUCUCGUUCCUGAAGUGACCAAUUGAACGCCCUAUUAUAAUUUAGCAUUAUCUGAAGUAGAUUCUAAAAGGAGUUUCAAUACAUUGUCAAACUGCAAUCUGGUUACAUUUUUGCCUUUCUCUCUGUAUUUUCAGAUGUGAAGAUUACGGGCGAGAACAUGGCCAUGCAAAUGGUUAAGUAUAGAAGCAAACAAAUUUAAUAGAGAUAUAUACAAUUUUGACGGUGUACAAAAAACAAUUGCUUCAAAAAGUGAAGCAGAAUGCUUUUUGUAUAAAGUGAAUGGUAGUCAGGCUUGGUACAGGAAUGACUGGAAAAACACAAGAAAAAUGAAACUGAAUAGUGCAGUGUUAACCUCUAUUUAUAUCCAGUUUUGUAUCAUGAUCGUACUUAUUACUUUGUUUUUUAUUGGCCGGCUUUAAUAACUCAGAAAAAAACUAAAGUGUUCAUCGAUUAAGGCAAGCUAAUCAAGCAUAACGACCUCAGUUUUUAAUUUUUGCUACUGAUAUGCAUGUAAAUCUUAUUUUUUUUGUUAAAUGAUAUAUCAGUUCAACAAAUGUUUUUUUCCUUUCUAAUACACAGACGUCUAUCUACAGCUUUUAAACUCAGAUUAUUAGCUAUGUACCUCUAGGUAGUUUACUUCUUCUCAAAAGUGACGUAAAAGAAACUUUAUAGUGAACAGUCUCGACCUCUGAAAUAUGAGAAUCGCAUAAAAUCAAAAAGAAGACCCUACUUCGACUUAGGUAGUACGUUUCAAACGAUUCGUUGGCGCUCUAUCUCGUGUCUACGUCAUUAAAUUUCUUUCUCAUCCAAAGCGGUAGCAGUUCAUGUUGUGAACUACAGCGAUUACUGGCGAGUCUAUUCUGUUAUACCCGCUGCGAAGCACCUAGACACCUCAUGCAACAUGGGAAGGUUAACGCAAGGGGUAAUGGGAAGGAUCAGGCCAAAAAUGAGUCAGCGCGUCCCCUUCCUCACUUUCCCCAAAGUGCCUGGUGCGCUUCGAAAACUCGUUCCCAAGAUUUCUCUGCCUGUGUACGAGGGAGUAUAUCCGGGGUCUUCAUUUAAAGGGAUUUCAUAUAGUAGCGGUUAUGACGUCACCAAUACUCAUGUAAUAUUAUUGUAACUUAAUUAAAAAAAGGGGAAAUCCUUACAAUUUUUUAUUUCGUUUGAUUAGCUAAAAAGCUGAUUAACAUCAUCUAUUUUUUGUCAUCUUUUUUAACAUGAGCAUGAUUCCAUUUAAACGACGCUGACUAUGAAUUUUUAAAAUAUCUAGACCAAACGAGUUUAAAGCUAUUAUAUAGUCCACCUUAAAAAAUAAUAGUUUUUUGUCUAUAAUCUAAGCUUAUAAACAGUCAUAAUAAACCUUUUGGGAUAAACCUCUGUCAUAUUGUAACAUGUUAUGUUCACUUCAGUUCGGAGACACCGAUUCUGGCCGCUGGUCUUUAAACUGCCCUUCACCAGAGCCGUAAGUAAAUAUCACUGACAUUUUUAAAGACAGGUCUGACCGGUCUAAAUAUAGCACAUUUGAUUUUCCAUAUUUAUUUUAAAUUUUAUUGGCAGAGGUCAUUUCUAUUCUAUAAAUUAUUAUAAACAUUUGAUUGGGUCAUCUCUAUAAACGGGCGUUUGAUGAAUUAAUGGUUAGAUCAAUAGUAAAUUUUUUUCUAAACAUAACAUAAUUACAUGUCCCUAUUUCUGAAACUUUAAUGUAUAGAGAUCCGGAUUAUUAGGACGGUUGAGUGCGUGUUUUGCGAUUCAAUUUUUAGUUUACCUUUGCUGAAAACGUGAUUCUAAAUCUUACAAUAGCUACAAGCGCGAUAAAAUCUCGUAGACAUUUAAGACCUGAAUUUGUUUCUAACCAGCCCCUAUGACGAAGACAGUCAUAUUCAAACAAAAAACUGAAUUUGUAAUUUUUUUUUUUCUUUUUCAGGUUCCGAGACCUGGAUCACGUAAAACGAGCAUAAAAUCUACAAGAUCAUCAACAAGCGGACAUUGCAGAGUGGAAUUUGACUGCGCAGAAGAAAAAACUCUUUUACGAAACAAAGUAGCCAGAAAAAAUAGCAGAAAUAGUGACACAAAAUCUUACUUACAUGUUUUGAAGCCCAAGUUUUGGAAUUCUUGUAAUAUCGUAUAA